AUGACUUACGCCACUACACCGUCACGACACCGUCACGUCACCGUCACUACACCGUCACGACACCGUCACGACACCGUCACGACACCGCCACUACACCGUCACGACACCGUCACUACACCGUCACGACACCGUCACGACACCGUCACGACACCGCCACUACACCAUCACUACACUGUCACCCAACCAAAGUUAUGAUUCAUACCUCACCUCCUUUGCCCUCUCCCUUUCUGUAAAACAUGUCGAAAUCACAACAGCAUGUUUUUUGCCGUAAUUUAUUCGCUUUCCCUGGUAGCAAUGACUUAAGUGGUCCAAGCCUGUGUGUGUUAGGCAACAGUGGGUAUUUGCAAGCUCUGAUGUCAUCAAGCCAGGCUAUAAAUUCACACAUUUGGAAGGCACAUGCACAGCAAGUUAGAUGAAGCAAGCGCGCACUCCAUCAGACUUGGGUUUAAGUAGUAUUUGAAAUCUUUCAGCUUUGAGUGUUUGCCAGACUUAGAGCCUUGAGUGCCAGGUGGGCGGGGCUUGCACUUUUUGGGACGAUUCCAUUGGCUCCAUUGCACCAGACAAGCUUGAUAAAUACUAUUAUAAUAAAUACUAAAUACUUUUUGAACCCAGGACUGCCGCUAUACACAGCAGAAGGAAUUCCACUCGACACUGCUCAAUCUUGCUGCUGUGCAUUUGCAAGUUCAUUCAAUCCUCAUCAGCACCGUGGCAAUACAAUAAUCAAUUUGUUAACUGUUCCUCCAAGCAGAUGGAAGUGGAAAACAAAUGAAUUGUACAAAUACGAUGUAUGUAAGUGAUUACCAUGAUGAACUACUGGCUGGGAGCGUUGACUGACCAUUCCUUAUUCUUAUUCAUGCCUUUAUGUGAAUCCCUGGACCGAAGGAAAAAAUAUGUACAGUACCAGUCAAAAGUUUGGACACACCUACUCAUUCAAGGGGGUUUUCUUUAUUUUUACUAUUUUUUACAUUAUAGAAUAAUAGUGAAGACAUCAAACGUAUGAAAUAACACAUAUGGAAUCAUGUAGUAACCCAGAAAAGUGUUAAACAAAUCAAAAUAUAUUUUAUAUUUGAGAUUCUUCAAAGUAGCCACCCUUUGCCUUGAUGACAGCUUUGCACACUCUUGGCAUUCUCUCAACCAGCUUCAUGAGGUAGUCACCUGGAAUGCAUUUCAAUUAACAGGUGUGCCUUCUUAAAAGUUAAUUAGUGGAAUUUCUUUCCUUCUUAAAGAAAACCCCUUGAAUGAGUAGAUGUGUCCAAACUUUUGACUGGUACUCAAUCUUUACUGUUGGCAUAUAUUGAUUGAGAGUGUUCAUUGAGUGUAAUGGUUUCCAGUUGGUGGAGUAGCUAAUCAUCAUCGGUUUAACUGUUUCUCCCGUUGAGGUUUAUUUUUACCAUUGGCUUGCCUUAAAAGUAGUAAUGGGGGGAGAAAAUGUAUACAGUUACAUUUCCUUCAUAGCUUUUUUUCCCCAUCUUUUUAAAUAUGGAGUCAAUUUGUUUUCAGCACUUGUAAUUCCAUGACUGAUCAAAACUCGUUUUCUCAUGGCUCUCUCUUGUCCCCCUGCACCAGCAAUAUGUUUGGAACAUAUAGAAUCGUGAGAAUCGCAAUAUAUAUAUUGUAUCGGCACCUAAGUAUCUGGAGGUCCCUGGCAAUUCCCAGCCCUACUUAAAAGCAGUCAAUAUUUUGGGCUGGCUUUCCCUCUUCGCAGUGUGUCACAUUUUAUAUCUUCCCCCUAUUGUAAUCAGGUUACAAAGAGGAUUGUAGCUAUCAGUUGCCAAAAUCUUUGUCCCAUUUUCUCAUUCUUGUCAUCUUUUAUCAUGAUAUCUGAUCAUUGAAUAAAGGACUUACUGGCUUUCAAGAACUGGUAUACUGCGCAUGUCUAGCAAAUCCUUUAAGAUCAGUGGUGAUGGAGUGAAAGGAGAAAGAAAGCUAUCUAGAUUAUUGGGACACAUCCCCAAUCAGAACCUGCUUGUAAAUGUACUUAAAGGUGUCACCCUCAAACUAUUCCCCCUGCUUUGAGAGGUAGUUAAGUUAAAAGGUGUCACCUUUUAACUCUUCCCCCAUGUAAAUGUUGUGAAAUGUGUCCCCCUCUAACUCUUCCUCCUUGUAAAUGAAAUGAAAGGUGUUCCCCUCUAACUCUUCCCCCCCUGUUUCUAGAUGUGAACGAGUGUGAAAACAGCCCCUGUGCUAACGGACAGUGUAGGAACACAGCCGGCUCGUUCACCUGCGAGUGCUCCCCGGGGGGCAAGCUGGACACCACAGGACUCAUCUGCAUUGGUAAAUACACACGCACACGCACACACACACACACACACACACACACACACACACACACACACACACACACACACACACACACACACACACACACACACACACAGAGACGACACACCCACACAUACACUGACAACGACACAGACACCAACACACACACACACACGCACACACACACAUACAGUCUUGUAUAACUAACUUUGUGGGGACACACAAUUCAGUCCCAUUCAAAAUCCUAUUUUCCUUAAACCAAAAACCUAACCCUAACCCUAAACCUAGUCCUAGCUCCUAACCCUAACCCUAAAACUAACCCUAGCUCCUAACCCUAACCUUAAACCUAAUUCUAACCCUAACACUAAUUCUAACAUUAACCCUAAACCACCUAGAAAUAGCAUUUGACCUUGUGGGGACUAACACAAUGUCCCCAGUUGGUCAAAUUUUUGUUUGUUUACUAUUCUUGUGGGGACUCCUGGUCUUCACAAGUAUAGUUAAACACGUCCACUGUCAACACAGUAGAUGAGAUGGUCUUUCGGUGUAUAUCAAACUGCCAUCAAUGUAUUUUGAUAUUGAAGAUAUUGAUAUUGAAGAGAAAUCAACCUGUUUCAGAUCUUUUGAAUGAAUAUUUCCUGUCUAUGUAGAAAUUGAAUGGAGAAUGGUUUUUGAAAAAGGCCAUUUACAGCUGAAAUGCAAUGUUCAAUUCAACUUCUGAAGUGUAAAAUGCAGUUAAGUCCAAUCUAGCCACUCCUACAUGCCACCUAUAAAUGUCUGUAUAAAUAUACACUUCAAUUUAGUUUUUAUUUAGGUUAAGUUAUGUAGCUGUGGACUGCAAUUCAGCAGUUAGCUGCCAAUGUGUACAAUUUGAACAAAAACACUUAUUUAUUUUACCUCUGGCUCCCUAGUCCACCACCACCCACAGUUGUGGUCAUACGUUUUGAGAAUGACACAAGUAUUGGUCUUCACAAAGUUCGCUGCUUCAGUGUUAUGAGAUAUUUUUGUCAGAUGUUACUAUGGUAUACUGAAGUAUAAUUACAAGCAUUCCAUAAGUGUCAAAGGCUUUUAUUGACAAUUACAUUAAGUUUAUGCAAAGAGUCAAUAUUUGCAGUGUUGACCCUUCUUUUUCAAGACCUCUGCAAUCCGCCCUGGCAUGCUGUCAAUUAACUUCUGGGCCACAUCCUGACUGAUGGCAGCCCAUUCUUGCAUAAUCAAAGCUUGGAGUUUGUCAGAAUUUGUGGGUUUUUGUUUGUCAACCCGCCUCUUGAGGAUCGACCACAAGUUCUCAAUGGGAUUAAGGUCUGGGGAGUUUCCUGGCCAUGGACCCAAAAUGUAGAUGUUUUGUUCCCCGAGCCACUUAGUUAUCACUUUUGCCUUAUGGCAAGGUGCUCCAUCAUGCUGGAAAAGGCAUUGUUCUUCACCAAACUGUUCUUGGAUGGUUGGGAGAAGUUGCUCUCGGAGGAUGUGUUGGUACCAUUCUUUAUUCAUGGUUGUGUCCUUAGGCAAAAUUGUGAGUGAGCCCACUCCCUUGGCUGAGAAGCAACCACAAACAUGAAUGGUCUCAGGAUGCUUUACUGUUGGCAUGACACAGGACUGACGAUAGCACUCACCUUGACUUCUCCGGACAAGGUGUUUUCCGGAUGCCCCAGACAAUCGGAAAGGGGAUUCAUCAGAGAAAAUGACUUUACCCCAGUCCUCAGCAGUCCAAUCCCUGUACCUUUUGUAGAAUAUCAGUCUGUCCCUGAUGUUUUUCCUGGAGAGAAGGGGCUUCUUUGCUGCCCUUCUUGACACCAGGCCAUCCUCCAAAAGUCUUCGCCUCACUGUGCGUGCAGAUGCACUCACACCUGCCUGCUGCCAUUCCUGAGCAAGCUCUGCACUGGUGGUGCCCCGAUCCCGCAGCUGAAUCAACUUUAGGAGACGGUCCUGGCGCUUGCUGGACUUUCUUGGGUGCCCUGACGCCUUCUUCACAACAAUUGAACCUCUCUCCUUGAAGUUCUUGAUGAUCCGAUAAAUGGUUGAUUUAGGUGCAAUCUUACUAGUAGCAAUAUCCUUGCCUGUGAAGCCCUUUUUGUGCAAAGCAAUGAUGACGGCACGUGUUUCCUUGCAGGUAACCAUGGUUAACAGAGGAAGAACAAUGAUUUCAAGCACCACCCUCCUUUUAAAGCUUCCAGUCUGUUAUUCUAACUCAAUCAGCAUGACAGAGUGAUCUCCAGCCUUGUCCUCGUCAACACUCUCACCUGUGUUAACGAGAGAAUCACUGACAUGAUGGCAGCUGGUCCUUUUGUGGCAGGGCUGAAAUGCAGUGGAAAUGUUUUUUUUAAAUUAAGUUCAUUUUCAUGGCAAAGAGGGACUUUGCAAUUAAUUGCAAUUCAUCUGAUCACUCUUCAUGACAUUCUGGAGUAUAUGCAAACUGCCAUCAUAAAAACUGAGGCAGCAGACUUUGUGAAAAUUAGUAUUUGUGUCGUUCUCAAAACUUUUGACCACGACUGCACAAACUGUAGUUUGCAUUGUGUUUUAAUCAUAGACAGCCUAAAGGGGACCUGUUGGCUGAAUAUCCAAGAUGGCCGCUGCGAGGUCAACAUCAACGGCGGAACCCUCAAGUCAGAGUGCUGUGCCACCCUGGGCGCUGCCUGGGGAAGUCCCUGUGAGCAGUGUGAGAUAGGUAAGUCACACACAUACCUCCAGCUACCCCGUAGACAAUGAUUUGGACCAGUGGUUCUCAGCUCUGCUCAUGGGUAACCCCUUUGUAAGUAGUAUGGCAUCCAUAUUAGGAAGUUGUCAGUUGUCUGAGGGAGUUUUGUCUGACCAAUACCGACUUCCUAAUAUGGAUGCAGUAAUUUUUAUUUUAUUUUUUACCAGUUAAAUGUAACUUAAUGUAAUCUAAAAUGUAAUCUAUGUAAUCCCCAAAAGUAAUUAUUUAUCAUGAGGAGGCCAUAAACAAUAACUAGUAAUUCUGCAUACUCCAAAGAAAGGUUAAAAUCUCACCUUUCUGGUAAAAAUAGUUAUACAUUGCUGAGGUGUAGUCACUUUUGAGGACACAAGCUCAAGUACACAGGACAAAUAUGAUACAAAUAUGGAAAUAUUAAAUAUUUUAUAUGAUGUAUUUUCUAGUCAACAAAACUGUAUGAAUAAGGCAUGAAAUUACUUAUGCUUUCUAAAUAUAGUAUAAUCAAAUUCUGAAACGACUAAAUAUAAGAUUUCACCUUCCUUCCUUAUAACUGUAAAAUAUAUAUUUGCAUGUUUAGUGUUAGAGACAAUUUGCAUAUUUUCUAAAGGUACUGUAUCUGUUGAUCAAAAUGCCUGACCCCACCGCUGUGAACAUUUUACAUUUUAGUCAUUUAGCAGACGCUCUUAUCCAGAGUGACUUACAGUUAGUGAGUGCAUACGUUAUUUGCCCCCCCCCGUGGGAAUCGAACCCACAACCCUGGCGUUGCAAACGCCAUGCUCUACCAACUGAGCUACAUCCCUGCCGGCCAUUCCCUCCCCUACCCUGGAAGACGCUGGGCCAAUUGUGCGCCGCCCCAUGGGUCUCCCGGUCGCGGCCGGCUACGACAGAGCUGUGAACGUCACAGAGCUCUAGCCUGGCUUCCUGAACGUGUUACAAAAUCACCUUUCGUCUCAUAUUAAUCUUGUCCGUCUAUGACAAACAGAAAGUGUUUUUUGUUUCAAAUCUAUUCAUUAUUUUAGAUUACUUUGCUAAAGUUCGCUAUAAAUCGAUCUCUGAAUGUGCUAAAGUGAUGAAACCAUUCUCUCCUGCUGUGCUACGAUGUAAGGAUUCCAGUGCUUUGUAAGUAUCAGCCAGGAGUUGGAAGAGCGAAUUAAAUGGUAGGAGGGACAUCCAAGCUUCAAGCAGUGUCAGAUCUCCUGUGUCCGUGAGAACCAGGGCUACCGCUCAAUGCAAGCCAUUUCAAUCUACAAUGUCCACAGAUCAAUUUAGAAGCUAAUUUGUCAGUCGGUCGGAACAAGAACCACGCAGGUCCCCUAAACAGGGGACUUUACAUUUAAAACUGUUUUAACAGUAACUUUAUCAUGUUCAUUUGGUCUGGUAUUUGCCUCAUUAAUUAAUAAACACUGGUAUUGUUUCCGGCCAGUUCAGAGGAAAAUAACAAAUGAUAAGGUCAACCUGGUUUGUGUUGGGGAUUUCUGUAUCUCCAGGUCUUACUGGAAGUAGGCAAACUACUGAACUGUAACACAUGUAACACAUGUAACACAGUAGUACCAAGGGCUAAAUAUUUCAAUAUGUUGUUAUGGGUGACAUGGCCUUGGACCUGACUCUGUGUCUAAAGUACACUGGGGUUAGUAGUUCUUUUUAGAUCUUUAAUGGAAUGGUUUCCCCAUGACGACAGUAGUAAAUAGAACUACAAAAAAUCAGCCAUGUUUCUUCAUGUGGUCUGACACAUUGCCCAGUGCAGUGAAUGUUCCAGCACAACUCUCUGCUCGUGUCAUUUCCCUCGUUGAAACAACCUUUCAGUUUAAGGUUUCACAGGUUGAGUCCCAAAUGACAACUUAUGGGGCCUGGUCAAAGUAGUGCACUAAAAAGGAAAUAGGUUGCCAUUUGCACUAAAAAGGAAAUAGGUUGCCAUUUGCGACACAACCAAGGUCUGUUUUCUUUCUUUUUUUGUGGCCACACAAUCUAUCCAUAAUGCAUUUGCCAGCAGUGGGUAUAAUGAAAGUCCAAGCCACAAAAGUUUUAUUUUAAUCGGGUGGUUUUUCAUCAGUGUAAGAAAAGCCCUACCCAAUGAUGAUAUUUUGCUUGUGUUACACCACACAUGACUUGCUUUGGGCCGUGUGGGUUGUUUCAUGUUGUUUCAUGUUGUUUCAUGAAAUGUAUCGCUUUGUAAAUCUCAGUGCUUUACUUAGCUUCAUAAUUCUGUCAGAUAAGAUAUAAAAGCCAAAAUAUGCAAUGUUCCUCUCCUUAAUCCCGAGCUGUACCUUCAUAUAAUCACUUGCAUGUGUUACACUGUCUGCUCUCCCCCCGUAUUAGGCCUACUGGUAUUCCAAUUCUGUUUAUUGUCGUUUUGACUGGAACAGUAGGGUUUUAGGUACUAGAGCCUUAUGCACCCUGGUCAAAAGUAGUGCACUACACAGGGAAUAGGUUGCCAUUUGGGAUGCAGACUGUGUUUACUAGCUCCCACUGUGAAAUAUGUUAUCUCAGAGGAAGAGUCCCCAUAAAGUGUCACCAUUGGCAACAAAUCCACGAUUCCCAACAUUCCCAUCCCCAACGACAUUCCAACCUUCUUUUGCAGAUCCCAUCUGUUCCAGAGGCUACGCUAGGCCGCGAGGAGUCAAAUGUGGAGGUAAGUCCAAUGUCAAGCAUCAGCAGUUUUUCAAUCUACAAAACCCAUAACCUUUGCUAGGUGUCUCUGCCCAUGACAAAUGGCGGAAAAAGUCGCAAGGUUCCCCACGGUCUUCAGAGAUAGAUGGGAGGGGAUUAGGGUAGCUGAAGGCUGGGACUAAAAACUAAAAACUAAUGUAAAAUAUACUGUGUCCGUAAAAUGUAUAUAGUAUGUAUAAGCUGGAAGUAGAAGCCUAAGUAUUGGUGUCCAUUAGUUUACUCCAAUUAGGGGAGGGGUGGUAGGGUUAGGGGAAAAUAAUAAAGAAGGAAAAUAUAUGAACAAAAUAUUUAAAAUUAUAUAUAUAUACAGUGCAUUCAGAAAGUAUUCAGACCCCUUGACUUUUUCCACAUUUUGUUACGUUACAGCCUUAGUCUAAAAUGGAUUAAAUAGUUUUUUCCCCUCAUCAAUCUACACACAAUACCCCAUAAUGACAAAGCAGAAACAGGUUUUUCGAAAUUUUUGCAAGUGUAUUAAACAUAAAAAACAGAAACCUUGUUUACGUAAAUAUUCAGAUGGUUUGCUAUGAGAAACGAAAUUGAGCUCAGGUGCAUCCUGUUUCCAUGGAUCAUCCUUUAGAUGUUUAUACAACUUGAUUGGAGUCCACCCGUGGUAAAUUCAAUUGAUUGGACAUGAUUUGGAAAGGCACACAGCUGUCUAUACAGUGGGGGAAAAAAAGUAUUUAGUCAGCCACCAAUUGUGCAAGUUCUCCCACUUAAAAAGAUGAGAGAGGCCUGUAAUUUUCAUCAUAGGUAUACGUCAACUGUGACAGACAAAAUGAGAAAGAAAAAAACAGAAAAUCACAUUGUAGGAUUUUUAAUGAAUUUAUUUGCAAAUUAUGGUGGAAAAUAAGUAUUUGGUCAAUAACAAAAGUUUCUCAAUACUUUGUUAUAUACCCUUUGUUGGCAAUGACACAGGUCAAACGUUUUCUGUAAGUCUUCACAAGGUUUUCACACACUGUUGCUGGUAUUUUGGCCCAUUCCUCCAUGCAGAUCUCCUCUAGAGCAGUGAUGUUUUGGGGCUGUCGCUGGGCAACACAGACUUUCAACUCCCUCCAAAGAUUUUCUAUGGGGUUGAGAUCUGGAGACUGGCUAGGCCACUCCAGGACCUUGAAAUGCUUCUUACGAAGCCACUCCUUCGUUGCCCGGGCGGUGUGUUUGGGAUCAUUGUCAUGCUGAAAGACCCAGCCACGUUUCAUCUUCAAUGCCCUUGCUGAUGGAAGGAGGUUUUCACUCAAAAUCUCACGAUACAUGGCCCCAUUCAUUCUUUCCUUUACACGGAUCAGUCGUCCUGGUCCCUUUGCAGAAAAACAGCCCCAAAGCAUGAUGUUUCCACCCCCAUGCUUCACAGUAGGUAUGGUGUUCUUUGGAUGCAACUCAGCAUUCUUUGUCCUCCAAACACGACGAGUUGAGUUUUUACCAAAAAGUUCUAUUUUGGUUUCAUCUGACCAUAUGACAUUCUCCCAAUCCUCUUCUGGAUCAUCCAAAUGCACUCUAGCAAACUUUAGACGGGCCUGGACAUGUACUGGCUUAAGCAGGGGGACACGUCCCGCACUGCAGGAUUUGAGUCCCUGGCGGCGUAGUGUGUUACUGAUGGUAGGCUUUGUUACUUUGGUCCCAGCUCUCUGCAGGUCAUUCACUAGGUCCCCCCGUGUGGUUCUGGGAUUUUUGCUCACCGUUCUUGUGAUCAUUUUGACCCCACGGGGUGAGAUCUUGCGUGGAGCCCCAGAUCGAGGGAGAUUGUCAGUGGUCUUGUAUGUCUUCCAUUUCCUAAUAAUUGCUCCCACAGUUGAUUUCUUCAAACCAAGCUGCUUACCUAUUGCAGAUUCAGUCUUCCCAGCCUGGUGCAGGUCUACAAUUAUGUUUCUGGUGUCCUUUGACAGCUCUUUGGUCUUGGCCAUAGUGGAGUUUGGAGUGGGACUGUUUGAGGUUGUGGACAGGUGUCUUUUAUACUGAAAACAAGUUCAAACAGGUGCCAUUAAUACAGGUAACGAGUGGAGGACAGAGGAGCCUCUUAAAGAAGAAGUUACAGGUCUGUGAGAGCCAGAAAUCUUGCUUGUUUGUAGGUGACCAAAUACUUAUUUUCCACCAUAAUUUGCUAAUAAAUUCAUAAAAAAUCCUACAAUGUGAUUUUCUGGAAAAUAAAUUCUCAAUUUGUCUGUCAUAGUUGACAUGUUCCUAUGAUGAAAAUUACAGGCCUCUCUCAUCUUUUUAAGUGGGAGAACUUGCACAAUUGGUGGCUGACUAAAUACUUUUUUUCCCCACUGUAAAUAAUAAUAAUAAUAAUAAUAAUAUGCCAUUUAGCAGACGCUGUUAUCCAAAGCGACUUACAGUCAUGCGUGCAUACAUUUUAUUAAAAAAAAUAAUAAUUGUGUAUGGGUGGUCCCGGGGAUCGAACCCACUACCUUGGCGUCACAAGCACCGUGCUCUACCAGCUGAGCUACAGAGGACCACAUAUAUACAGUACCAGUCAAAAGUUUGAACACACCUACUCAUUCAAGGGUUUUUCUUUAUUUUUACUAUUUUCUUCAUUGUAGAAUAAUAGUGACGACAUCAAAACUAUGAAAUCACACAUAUGGAAUCAUGUAGUAACCAAAAAAGUGUUAAACAAAUCAAAAUAUAUUUUAUAUUUGAGAUUCUUCAAAUAGCCACCCUUUGACUUGAUGACAGCUUUGCACACUCUUAACCAGCUUCAACUGGAAUGCUUUUCCAACAGUCUUGAAGGAGUUCCCACAUAUGCUGAGCACUUGUUGGCUGCUUGUCCUUCACUCUGCGGUCGGACUCAUCCCAAACCAUCUCAAUUGUGUUGAGGUCAGGGGGUUGUGGAGGUAAUCUGAUGCAGCACUCCAUCACUCUCCUUCUUGGUAAAAUAGCCCUUACACAGCCUGGAGGUGUGUUUGGUCAUUGUCCUGUUGAAAAACAAAUGAUAGUCCCACUAAGCCCAAACCAGAUGAGAUGGCGUAUCGCUGUAGAAUGCUGUGGUAGCCAUGCUGGUGAAGUGUGCCUUGAAUUCUACAUAAAUCACAGACAGUGUCACCAGCAAAGCACCCCCACACAAUAGCACCUCCUCCUCCAUGCUUUACGGUGGGAAAUACACAUGCGGAGAUCAUCCAUUCACCCACACCGCGUCUCACAAAGACACUGCGGUUGGAACCAAAAAUCUCCCAUUUGGACUCCACCGGUCUAAUGUCCAUUGCUCGUGGUUCUUGGCCCAAGCAGGUCUCUUCUUAUUAUUGGUGUCCUUUAGGAGCGGUUUCUUUGCAGCAAUUCAACCAUGAAGGCCUGAUUCACACAGUCUCCUCUGAACAGUUGAUGUUGAGAUGUGUCUGUUACUUGAACUCUGUGAAGCAUUUAUUUGGGCUGAAAUUUCUGAGGCUGGUAACUCUAAUUAACUUAUCUAUAUAUAUAUAAUUUUCUUUGUAUUUUACCCCCUUUUUCUCCCCAAUUUCGUGAUAUCAAUUACCAUCUUGUCUCAUCGCUGCAACUCCCCAACGGGCUCGGGAGAGGCAAAGGUCGAGUCAUGCAUCCUCCGAAACAUGACCCGCCAAAACCACACUUCUUAACACCUGCCCCCUUAACCUAGAAGCCAGCUGCACCAAUGUGUCGGAGGAAACACAGUUCAACUGACGACCGAAGUCAGCCUGCAGGCACCCAGGCCCGCCACAAGGAGUCGCUAGAGCGUGAUGUGCCAAGUAAAGCCCCCCCGGCCAAACCCUCCCCUAACCCUGACAACGCUGGGCCAAUUGUGCGCUGCCCUAUGGGACUCCCGGUCACGGCCGGUUGUGACACAGCCUGGGAUCAAACCCGGGUCUGUAGUGAUGCCUCAAGCACUGCGAUGCUGUGCCUUAGACCGCUGCGCCACUUGAGAGGCCCCCUUUGAAAGAUUUUGAUGAGAAUUUCACACUUCCUACAGAGCUCUUCUUUGUUUACCAAUCAGGACUCAUCGGCAUGUCCAGCCCCACCAUUAUCUCAGCUAAUCAUGACUAGCCAGGAAGGAUCCUUUCUUUCUCCCUGUAUAGCUCAGUGCUUUCUCCUUGGCUAAACUAGGCUCGUAAUUUAACAUUUGUAUUCAUUCAAGUUUUUAAGUAAGGCGCAUGAAAGUUCACAUGUUCAAGAAGGCAGUUCUGUAACAACAACAAAAAAUGUUUUGUUUAAAAGGUCCUUCUGUGAAGUAGGAACUGGCUUCAAAUGCCUCAGAUCCUGUAAAUGGUAAAAACAAUUCUAGCCAUUCUACAUACGGAAUACAUCCAGAAUGAAGACAUUUAUUUCUGCUCUGCUAUGACAAAUGCCCUUUUCUUGUGUUCCAAUAACCCCAAUUCCACAGUUUAUCGAAAGGUCAGGGUCAAUGAAGAUAAGAAAUGAUGGCUUCUUUUAGUGACAUGCUAAAUGACCCUAAGACUUGAACUCCUAUAAUCUUAAGACCUUAUCUCCUAUGACCUUAAGAACUUAUCUCCUAUGACCUGUUCAAACUUUUGACUGGUACUGUAUAUAUUUACUUUCAAAGGGCAUUUUUCUCCUACUUUUCUCUCAAGUGGGAUAACAUGUUUAUCAACUUUUAAAGCAGCAUAACUUUCCCAUGUUUCCUCCAACUACAGUGUGACGCUCUCUACUUUCAUAAAAUACAAAAAUAAACAAAUCACCUACAUUUGCCAUAAGCCUCAAUAGAGAAAUCCGGACACAAAUGUAAAACAGAGUCAUUGAGUGCUUAAAAACUAUUUAAAGGAAAAUGCUUAGUUGACUUAUUGGGAUAGGAAAAACGUAUUAGGAUGUGAACAAUGUUUUCAUAUUGACAGACACUAUCUGAUAGUGUAGGGAGAUGUCGUUCUUUGCCCAUCCAGAAUUCCCCAGUAACGGUUUUGAUUGAAUAGAAUCAAAUAGAGCCCAUUGCAACAAUCUUAGGAAAAAAGUUAUAUCUAGAACUUAAAAGGGUUCUUCGGGUGUCCCCAUAAAACCCUUUGAAGGACUCUUUUGGUUCCAGGUAGAACCCUUUUGGGUUCCAUGUAAAACCCUUUCCACAGAGGGUUCUACCUAGAACCAAAAAGGGUUCGACCUAGAACCAAAAAGGGUUCGACCUGGAACCAAAAAGGGUUAUCCUAUGGGGACAGCCAAAGAAUCCUUUUGGAACCCUUUUUUCUAAGAGUGUAUACUAUAAUGGUAGCAAAUGCAUUAUGACACAAAUAAAGAUUUCACCUCUGCACCUCUUGUCCCUCUCUGCUUGCUGUAGAUGUGAACGAGUGCGUGGUCUUCCCAGGUGUGUGUCCCAACGGGCACUGUGUAAACACCAAGGGCUCCUUCAAAUGCCAGUGUCCUGAUGGUCUCACACUGGACUCCAGUGGCCGAGUGUGUGUGGGUGAGUGGACAACACUAAGGUUGCAAAAUUCCCUAAACUUUCCCAAAUAUCCCAAUUUUUUCAGAAAUCCUGGUUGGAGUAUUUCUGGAAUAAGCUGUGAGGGAAUCUUCCAACCUGGAACUCUUCAACUGAGAUUUCGGAGAGAAAAAAAAAUAUUUUAGGAAAUUACCGGAAUGUUUUGCAACCCUAACAGACAUAGUGAUCCAAUUAGUUGAAAUACUCUCUUGGCCAGUUUCCAAGACACAGAUUAAGUGUAGUCCUGGACUAAAAAGCUAUUUCAAUGGAAAUUCUCUUUUUAGCCAGGUCUAGGUCAAAUCGGUGUCCUGAAAACCUUUGGCCAAGGAGAUGACUGAGAAUUGUUGGUUGAAGCCGUAGGGGAGGGUUGUUGAGUAAGUUGCUUGUGCUGUGAAAGAAACUCCAGGGAAGUGACCGUUUUCUUUAAAUAAAGUAUUGUAAGAAAAUAGACAAUUUAACUGUACUGAACAAAAAUAUAAAUACAACAUGCAACAAUUUCAGAGAUUUUACUGAGUUACAGUUCAUAUAAGGAAAGCAGUCAAUGGAAAUGAAUUCAUUAGGCCCUGAUCUAUGGAUUUCAAAUGACUGGGAAUACAGAUAUGCAUAUGCUGGUCACAGAUACCUUAAAAUAAAGGUAGGGACGUGUAGAUGCGAGGAAAAAAAGACUUGCUUUCUAAUUUGAAGCGCAUGGCGCUUUUGACGCCGUUUGAAGCUCGCGGCCCAUCUGUUUUCUGUCAUUCACUACAGUGCAUUCUAAUUCCAGCGUGUACACGCUCAUUCGAUCUUCGUAUUGAUUUGGCCUUCAUGCAGCGUGACACAUCUCCUUCACAUAGAGUUGAUCAGGCUGUUGAUUGUGGCCUGUGGAAUGUUGUCCCACUCCUCUUCAAUGGCUGUGUGAAGUUGCUGGAUAUUGGCGGGAACUGGAAUGGUAGAGAAAUUAACAUUCAAUUCUCUGGCAACUGCUCUGGUGAACAUUCCUGCAGUCAUAAUGCCAAUUGCACGCUCCCUCAAAACUUGAGACAUCUGUGGCAUUGUGUUGUGUGACAAAACUGCACAUUUGAGUGGCCUUUUAUUGUCCCCAGCACAAGGUGAACCUGUGUAAUGAUCAUGCUGUUUAAUCAGCUUCUUGAUAUGCCACACCUGUCAGGUGGAUGGAUUAUCUUGGCAAAGGAGAAAUUCUCACUAACAUUUGAGGGAAAUAAGCUUUUUGUGCGUAUGGAACAUUUCUGGGAUCUUUUAUAUUCAAUGAAACAUGGGACCAACACUUUACAUGUUGCGUUGAUAUUUUUGUUCAGUAUACUUUUAAAUAGUGUUCCAAGUAAAAUUGUGUUCCCAAGUAACUAACUUCAGAAAUUGUCCCAAAUUUGUCCAAGUAUUCCAAGUCAUAAAUAUUCUGAAUAUUCCCAAUAUUGUAUGAUGAUUUCCUAUAAUCCAAUGGGAAUUCCUCAAGAACAUAUACUUUUAUAGUUGCAUACGUUUAAAUAAUUCGUUUUUUAAUUUAUUUUACUGAUGGUGUUAGUAGAGGAAGAGUGACCAGAAAGUAGACGCUGAUGGCAAAUCUCGAGUUGCUUUUAAUUAUUUCUGCCUCAUACACCAAUUCAUAUUAUUACUCCUAUGACCAGAGAACGUGAAAUAUUCCUCGAUAUUAAAAAAGACACAAGCCACUAAUAAUAACAACGCAAGCCUAUCGAUACAGUGUGUAGGGCGAGUGGAAGUAGGGAGAAGCUCGUUUUAUGGCUUUAUAAAAGUGUGGAAUAAAGUGUUGACAGUGCUGAAUAAAAACAUAAACAAACUCGUAAAAACAGCAGCUCUUUGCUGUAUUCGUUGACAGUCUCUCUCCAGUCAUGGUUUUAUAAGUUUAGAAAUCUCACAGUAUCAACUUCGCUGUGGGCUCGUGGAAACUGCACAGUGAUCUGAGAUAUCUGAUUGGCCAACGGUAGGCCUAUAGGUGCACUUGAUUUGUGUCCUGGCUGGGUAGGCUGAAUUUGUACCUUCAGACACAUGAAAUUGUUCAAAAUGGGAACACUUCGAUUACCUGGCGCGCAGGGCAGCUGAAUCAGGUGCACCUACCGCAAAAGAGCGCAACCCCCCCCCCCCCAAAAAAAAAAAACUACGUUGGAUUUUUCAUAGAAAUGUUUGCAGAUCGAUGAGGAAUCGAGCGGUUGGUGACCACUGAUGUAAAGCGUUAUCUAAAUAUGAACGCUACCUUAAAGCUGCAGUAUGUAACUUUAUGAGCGACCCAACCAAAUGCAUCUAGUAAUGAGAGUUAUAGAUCUGUCAUUCUCAUUGAAAGCAGGUCUAAGAAGCGGUAGAUCUGUUCUAUGUGCGCUAUUUCUAUGCUUCCUGUUCUUAAGUUUUGUUUUUGCGUCUUUUACUUUCGGUUUUGUACACCAGCUUCAAACAGCUGAAAAUACAAUACUUGUGGUUAGUGAAAAUAUAUUUCACAGCAGUUUAGAUCAUGUGUCAAACUCAUUCCACGGAGGGCCAAGUGUCUGCGGGUUUUUACUUGAUUGAUGAAUUAAGGUCACUGAUUAGUAAGGAACUCCCCUCACCUGGUUGUCUAGUUCUUAACAGAAAGGAGAAACCAAAAACCAGCAGACACUAGGCCCUCCAUGGAAUGAGUUUGACACCCCUGGUUUAGAGGGUACAAUGAUUCUCUACCAGGGCUCUCCAACCCUGUUCCUGGAGUGCAACGGUCCUUUAGGGUUUCACUCCAACCCUUAUCUAGCACAGCUGAUUCUAAUAAUUAGCUGGUUGAUAAACUGAACCAGGUUAGUUACAGCUGGGGUUGGAGCAAAAACCUAUAGGAGGGUAGCUCUCCAGGAGCAGGGUUGGAGUUAACCUACAGGAGAGUUGCUCUCCAGGAACAGGGUUGGAGUUAACCUACAGGAGGGUAGCUCUCCAGGAACAGGGUUGGAGUUAACCUACAGGAGGGUAGCUCUCCAGGAACAGGAUUGGAGUUAACCUACAUGAGGGUAGCUCUCCAGGAACAGAGUUGGAGUUAACCUACAGGAGGGUAGCUCUCCAGGAACAGGGUUGGAGUUAACCUAUAGGAGGGUAGCUCUCCAGGAACAGGGUUGGAGUUAACCUACAGGAGGGUAGCUCUCCAGGAACAGGGUUGGAGUUAACCUAUAGGAGGGUAGCUCUCCAGGAACAGGGUUGGAGUUAACCUACAGGAGGGUAGCUCUGCAGGAACAGGGUUGGAGACCCCUGCUCUACACUAUUCAUUGCUUGUUUUGUCACGUCAACGGAAACUAGGCUAACUUUUAGAAUUUUAGCAACCAGGGGGUGGCGGAGCGAUAUCUGCAUACUGCACCUUUUAAUGUAACAUAUUCCUUAAUAUAAAGUGUUACCUUAUUGUAAAGGGUAUGGUUACAUUCCCCAGCAAGAAAACCAAAAAUGUUGCUCAAACGGAAGGGGGAACUAACAAAGAGUCACUGAUCAACAACCAAAACGAAACAGGUGGGGUUUUAGGAGGGGUUCUGAAAGACACUCUUGGGGGUGUCCACUGAACGUUGGCUAGCAACAACAACUGGGUCCUAAAAGACACCCACUAUGAGCGGCCACUAAAUUUGCCCAAAAAGAGUCAAACAAAAGAAAAAUCCACACCAAACUUAAAGACAGGAAGUACCUAAACCAAAAAGGUUGAGCAAACCGAAAUCAGACAAAGAAAUGUUUUUCAAUAAAUCAAAUAGGAGUUGACCCUCCACAUCUCUCAAGACCACUGGAGCACUGGGCCAGCCACUCCUGAAUAGCACCUGGGCCAGCCACUCCUGAAUAGCACCUGGGCCAGCCACUCCUGAAUAGCACCUGGGCCAGCCACUCCUGAAUAGCACCUGGGCCAGCCACUCCUGAAUAGCACCUGGGCCAGCCACUCCUGAAUAGCACCUGGGCCAGCCACUCCUGAAUAGCACCUGGGCCAGCCACUCCUGAAUAGCACCUGGGGCAGCACAGGUGAAAUACCUUCCCACUAGCGAGACGGCAAACCAGCACAGGUGGAACACAUAUUGACUAACGAGGUGACACCAAUCGGUGCGCUCUACGUGCUAAAAUGCUAUACGUGUUAAAAGUCCAACCUCAAAACAUAAAUGGAAAAAAACAAACCUGUAACAGAACCUUAAUGUAAAGGGUUCCUUAAUGUAAAGGGUUCCUUAAUGUAAAAGGUUCCUUAAUGUAAAGGGUUCCUUAAUGUAAAGUGUUAUCUUGUUAGUAUCCUGUGGAUUUCAUGUUCGUAUGUAUUGACUGUUAUGUGGAUGUACUAUAAACUUAAACACUACUCUACCUGCCAGACGUGCGGUCUGAGCACUGCUACCUGACGUGGGAAGAGGACUCGUGCGCCGAGCACGUGCCCGGGCGUUUCCGCAUGGACGCCUGUUGCUGCACGAUGGGCGCCGCCUGGGGGAAGGAGUGCGAGGCGUGCCCCCUGCCUGGCACCUCCGAGUAUGACGCCCUCUGCCCCAGAGGCCCAGGCUUCGCCAACCGAGGAGACGUCCUCACCGGAAGGCCCUUCUAUAAAGGUGAGGGAGUAGGGUUGCAAAAAGGUUGGUUGGUUCCCAAAAUUCCCAGGUUUUUCAGAAAUCCAAGUAGUUAGUGUCACUCCUCAAUAUAACAUAAUUUAGCAAACAGAUAACAGGAAGUAAGGAUAGGAAGUAGGACUAGGAAGUGAUUAAUAUGCGUCUGUUAUAGGAAGUAGGACUAGGUAGUGAUUAAUAUGCAUCUGUUAUAGGAAGUAGGACUAGGUAGUGAUUAAUAUGCAUCUGUUAUAGGAAGUAGGACUAGGUAGUGAUUAAUAUGCGUCUGUUAUAGGAAGUAGGACUAGGUAGUGAUUAAUAUGCGUCUGUUAUAGGAAGUAGGACUAGGUAGUGAUUAAUAUGCAUCUGUUAUAGGAAGUAGGACUAGGUAGUGAUUAAUAUGCGUCUGUUAUAGGAAGUAGGACUAGGUAGUGAUUAAUAUGCAUCUGUUAUAGGAAGUAGGACUAGGUAGUGAUUAAUAUGCGUCUGUUAUAGGAAGUAGGACUAGGUAGUGAUUAAUAUGCAUCUGUUAUAGGAAGUAGGACUAGGUAGUGAUUAAUAUGCAUCUGUUAUAGGAAGUAGGACUAGGUAGUGAUUAAUAUGCAUCUGUUAUAGGAAGUAGGACUAGGUAGUGAUUAAUAUGCAUCUGUUAUAGGAAGUAGGACUAGGUAGUGAUUAAUAUGCGUCUGUUAUAAGAAGUAGGACUAGGUAGUGAUUAAUAUACGUCUGUUAUAGGAAGUAGGACUAGGUAGUGAUUAAUAUGCAUCUGUUAUAGGAAGUAGGACUAGGUAGUGAUUAAUAUGCGUCUGUUAUAGGAAGUAGGGCUAGGUAGUGAUUAAUAUGCAUCUGUUAUAGGAAGUAGGACUAGGUAGUGAUUAAUAUGCGUCUGUUAUAGGAAGUAGGACUAGGUAGUGAUUCAUAUGUAUCUUUGUUAUAAUAGAAAUCGGAUCAUUUGUUGACAUGUCUCUCUUUGACAGACAUCAAUGAGUGUAAGGUGUUCCCCAGCAUGUGUGUGCAUGGCAAGUGCCGCAACACCAUAGGCAGUUUCAGGUGCCACUGCGCCGGAGGGUUUUCCCUCGAUAUGGAAGAGCGCAACUGCACAGGUGAGACUAUGACCACAUUAUGUCCCAUUAUUAUGGGUAGAAAUGAUCUGUUAAUACAGUUUGUCCCGAUUGCUUGAACACUUUUCUCAAAAUAGGGAUCAUUUUUGCAAAACAGUUAACACAGUCCACCAAACUGAAGCACUAACAAAACAUCAAAACUUUUUAAAAUACCUGUUAAAAAAUCUUCAUCGAAACAGUAUCAUUUGUCAUCGAAUCAGAAUAUUUAUUUAGCAAAAUUAACUAAUAUCUGUUCGCAAGUUCAAAGUUUAUUUGUCGUGUACAUGGUUUACAGCAGGUAUAAAUGAUGCAGUGAAAUGCUUACUAGCAAGCUCCCUCGACAGUGCACUACAAAUAUCAAUAUCAAUUUAAUAGAUAUAAUAACAUCUGUUCUGCUGUCCUCUGUGUGUGUUCAGACAUCGAUGAGUGUCGUAUCUCUCCGGACCUGUGUGGCCAAGGGGUCUGUGUCAACACUCCUGGUAGUUUUGAUUGUGAGUGCUUCGAGGGCUAUGAGAGUGGCUUCAUGAUGAUGAAGAACUGCAUGGGUGAGUCCAACCUCUCUCUCUUCCUCACUCUACGCUAUCUCUCUCUCUCUCUCUCUCUCUCUCUUUCUCUCUCUCUCUACAGUAUCUUCUCUCUCCUCUCUCUCUCUCUCGCUACAGUAUCUCCUCUCUCUCUCUCUCUACAGUGUCUCUCUCUCUCUCUCCCUCACUCUACAGUAUCUCUUCUCUUCUCUCUCUCACUCUCUACAGUAUCUCUCUCUCGGUCUUUCUCUCUCUCUCUUUCUCUCUCUACAGUAUAUUCUCUCUCUCUCUCUCUCUCUCUAACAGUAUCUCUCUCUCUCUCUCUCUUUCUCUACAGUAUCUCCUCUCUCUCUCUCUCUACAGUAUCUCUCUCUCGCUCUCUUUCUUUCUCUCUACAGUAUCUCCUCUCUCUCUACAGUAUCUCUCUCUCUCUUCCUCUCUCUACAGUAUCUCCUCUCUCUCUCUCUCUACAGUAUCUCCCCUCUCUCUCUCCCUUCUCUCUCCCCCUCUCUCUCUCUCUCUCUCUCUCUCUCUCUCUCUCUCUCUCUCUCUCUCUCUCUCUCUCUCUCUCUCUCAAUUUCAAUUUAAGGGCUUUAUUGGCAUGGGAAAUAUGUUUACAUUGCCAAAGCAAGUGAAGUAGAUAAUAAACAAAGGUGAAAUAAACAAUAAAACAUUUACAGUAAACAUUACACUCACAAAAGUUUCAAAUGAAUAGAGACAUUUCAAAUGAUCAUAUUAUGGCUAAAAACAGUGUUAUAACGAUGUGCAAAUAGUUAAAGUACAAAAGGGAAAAUAAAUAAACAUAAAUAUGGGUUGUAUUUACAAUGAUGUUUGUUCUUCACUGGUUGCCCUUUUCUUGUGGCAACAGGUCACAAAUAUUGCUGCUGUGAUUGCACACUGUGGUAUUUCACCCAAUAGAUAUGGGAGUUUAUCAAAAUUGGAUUUGUUUUCACAUUCUUUGUGGGUCAGUGUAAUCUGAGGGAAAUAUGUGUCUCUAAUAUGGUCAUACAUUUGGCAGGAGAUUGGGAAGUGCAGCUCUGUUUCCACCACAUAGCCUCUCUUCUCUUGAGAGCCAGGUCUGCCUACGGCGGCCUCUCUCAAUAGCAAUGUUCACUGAGUCUGCUUUUCUUAAGUUUGGGUCAGUCACAGUGGUCAGGUAUUCUGCCACUGUGUAUUCUCUGUUUAGGGCCAAAUAGCAUUCCAGUUUGUUCUGUUUUUUGGUAAAUUCUUUCCAGUGUGUCAAGUAAUUAUCUUUUUGUUUUCUUAUGAUUUGGUUGGGUCUAAUUGUGUUGCUGUCCUGGGGCUCUGUGGGGUCUGUUUGUGUUUGUGAACAGAGCCCCAGGACCAGCUUGCUUAGGGGACUCUUCUCCAAGUUCAUAUCUCUGUAGGUGAUGGCUUUGUUAUGGAAGGUUUGGGAAUCGCUUCCUUUUAGGUGGUUGUAGAAUUUAACGGCUCUUUUUUUUCUGGAUUUUGAUAAUUAGCGUGUAUCUGCCUAAUUCUGUUCUGCUUGCAUUAUUUGUUGUACACGGAGGAUGUUUUUGCAGAAUUCUGCAUGCAGAGUCUCAAUUUCGUGUUUGUCCCAUUUGUGGGCUAUUGAUUUCAAUAAAUUUUGUAGCAUUUUUUAAAUGUUUGCGUCAUAUUUCUUUGCAUACUUUCCGUUUAAGUUUGCAUCGAUGCAUGCUUCAAAAUAUGUACAAACUGAGUACGCAUUCGAGAAGUGACCUCCGUGCUCCGUUUCGUAUAAUUGAUUCCAUAGAAUGAUGUCUUACCUUGUCCAUGGACUGCUUCUAGGCAUGUGUAAUACAACUAGAACAUGUUUUAUUGAACAGGUAGGACCGCAGAGAGAAGAUAGGAAUGAUAUCGAGUCAAAGGGCAGUGGGCCGGUGUCGAACCCAUGGCAACUCCGGCAUAUAUGUUGCCGGGGUCGGUGGCACUAGCCACCGGACCACACAGGCCCACUGGACAAUGUUUAUUUUUAUUUUUUAUAAAGGACAAGUGUUGGUGACAUGUUAGGGAGUUUCUCUGUCAUCCCGUGUGUUACUAAUACUGAAUUCCCUGUUGUGUGUGUUCUCUCAGACAUAGACGAGUGUGAGCGCGACCCCUCCCUGUGUCGUGGGGGGUCUUGUGAGAACACAGAGGGCAGCUACGAGUGUGCAUGCCCCCCAGGACACCAGCUCAGCGUGGACGGGGCAGUGUGCGAGGGUGAGUAAGCAGCAAAUACUGAACACACUGUAAAUGUGAGGCCUCAGUACACAUAACAAAUACUGAACACACUGUAAAUGUGAGGCCUCAGUACACAUAACAAAUACUGAACAUGUAACAAAUUCUAAGCAUGAAACAGACAGACCAAAUGAACACACAACAGUUACUGAACAUUCUAACUAAUGUUUAUUACUUUACAUUAAUGUGCCAAAAACCCAGUCUACAUCGUAAACAUCAUGACAAAAUACUCAACAACAUGUAGGGUUCUUCUCAACAACAUGUAGGGUUCUUCUCAACAACAUGUAGGGUUCUUCUCAAUAACAUGUAGGGUUCUUCUCAACAACAUGUAGGGUUCUUCUCAACAACAUGUAGGGUUCUUCUCAACAACAUGUAGGGUUCUUCUCAACAACAUGUAGGGUUCUUCUCAACAACAUGUAGGGUUCUUCUCAACAACAUGUAGGGUUCUUCUCAACAACAUGUAGGGUUCUUCUCAACAACAUGUAGGGUUCUUCUCAACAACAUGUAGGGUUCUUCUCAACAACAUGUAGGGUUCUUCUCAACAACAUGUAGGGUUCUUCUCAACAACAUGUAGGGUUCUUCUCAACAACAUGUAGGGUUCUUCUCAACAACAUGUAGGGUUCUUCUCAACAACAUGUAGGGUUCUUCUCAACAACAUGUAGGGUUCUUCUCAACAACAUGUAGGGUUCUUCUCAACAACAUGUAGGGUUCUUCUCAACAACAUGUAGGGUUCUUCUCAACAACAUGUAGGGUUCUUCUCAACAACAUGUAGGGUUCUUCUCAACAACAUGUAGGGUUCUUCUCAUUAGAUAUGUAGGAUUCUUCUCAUUAGACAUGUAGGGUUAUAUUCGGGUUGGAACCAAAAUUAUUUUCCAAUCGUUUCGUUCUGAACUGAACCACUAUUUUUUUCGUUCCAUUACACUGUUCCGACCAGCAAAAUAAAGUUUGGAACCGGUUCGAACACAAAAAAAGUACCAGUUCCUUUUUUAACCUGUGAAAUCAAUUGUUUUUUACAUUUUGCUCAUUAAAUUACAUUUACAUUUACAUUUUAGUCAUUUAGCAGACGCUCUUAUCCAGAGCGACUUACAGGAGCAAUUAGGGUUAAGUGCCUUGCUCAAGGGCACAUUUACGUCAUUUAGCAGACGCUCUUAUCCAGAGCGACUCACAAAUUGGUGCAUUCACCCUAUAGCCAGUGGGAUAACCACUUUACAAAUUUUUUUUUUUGGGGGGGGGGGGGGGGGGUAGAAGGAUUACUUUAUCCUAUCCCAGGUAUUCCUUAAAGAGGUGGGGUUUCAAAUGUCUCCGGAAGGUGGUGAGUGACUCCGCUGUCCUGGCGUCGUGAGGGAGCUUGUUCCACCAUUGGGGUGCCAGAGCAGCGAACAGUUUUGACUGGGCUGAGCGGGAACUAUGCUUCCGCAGAGGAAGGGGAGCCAGCAGGCCAGAGGUGGAUGAACGCAAUGCCCUCGUUUGGGUGUAGGGACUGAUCAGAGCCCGAAGGUACAGAGGUGCCGUUCCCCUCACUGCUCCAUAGGCAAGCACCAUGGUCUUGUAACGGAUGCGAGCUUCAACUGGAAGCCAGUGGAGUGUGCGGAGGAGGGGGGUGACGUGAGAGAACUUGGGAAGGUUGAACACCAGUCGGGCUGCGGCGUUCUGGAUGAGUUGUAGGGGUUUAAUGGCACAGGCAGGGAGGCCAGCCAACAGCGAGUUGCAAUAAUCCAGACGGGAGAUGACAAGUGCCUGGAUUAGGACCUGUGCCGCUUCCUGUGUAAGGCAGGGUCAUACUCUCCGAAUGUUGUAGAGCAUGAACCUGCAGGAGCGGGUCACCGCCUUGAUGUUAGCGGAGAACGACAGGGUGUUGUCCAGGGUCACGCCAAGGCUCUUCGCACUCUGGGAGGAGGACACAACGGAGUUGUCAACCGUGAUGGCGAGAUCAUGGAACGGGCAGUCCUUCCCCGGGAGGAAGAGCAGCUCCGUCUUGCCAGGGUUCAGCUUGAGGUGGUGAUCCGUCAUCCAUACUGAUAUGUCUGCCAGACAUGCAGAGAUGCGAUUCGCCACCUGGUUAUCAGAAGGGGGAAAGGAGAAGAUUAGUUGUGUAUCGUCAGCGUAGCAAUGAUAGGAGAGGCCAUGUGAGGAUAUGACAGAGCCAAGUGACUUGGUGUAUAGGGAGAAAAGGAGAGGGCCUUGAACUGAGCCCUGGGGGACACCAGUGGUGAGAGCACGUGGUGCGGAGACAGCUUCUCGCCACGCCACUUGGUAGGAGCGACCGGUCAGGUAGGACGCAAUCCAGGAGUGAGCCGCGCCGGAGAUGCCCAGCUCGGAGAGGGUGGAGAGGAGGAUCUGAUGGUUCACAGUAUCAAAGGCAGCAGACAGGUCUAGAAGGACAAGAGCAGAGGAGAGAGAGUUAGCUUUAGCAGUGCGGAGAGCCUCCGUGACACAGAGAAGAGCAGUCUCAGUUGAAUGACCAGUCCUGAAACCUGACUGGUUUGGAUCAAGAAGGUCAUUCUGAGAGAGAUAGCAAGAGAGUUGGCUAAAGACGGCACGCUCAAUAGUUUUGGAAAGAAAAGAAAGAAGGGAUACUGGUCUGUAGUUGUUGACAUCAGUGGGAUCGAGUGUUGGUUUUUUGAGAAGGGGAGCAACUCUCGCUCUCUUGAAGACGGAAGGGACAUGGCCAGCGGUCAAGGAUGAGUUGAUCAGCGAGGUGAGGUAGGGGAGAAGGUCACCGGAGAUGGUCUGGAGAAGAGAGGAGGGGAUGGGGUCAAGCGGGCAGGUUGUUGGGCGGCCUGCAGUCACAAGUCGCAGGAUUUUAUCUGGAGAGAGAGGGGAGAAAGAAGUCAAAGCAUAGGGUAGGGCAGUGUGAGUAGGACCAGCAGUGUCAUUAGACUUAACAAACGAGGAUCGGAUGUCGUCAACCUUCUUUUCAAAGUGGUUGACGAAGUCAUCCACAGAGAGAGAGGAGGGGGGGGGGGGGAGGGGGGGAGGAUUCAGGAGGGAGGAAAAUGUGGCAAAGAGCUUCCUAGGGUUAGAGGCAGAUGCUUGGAAUUUAGAGUGGUAGAAAGUGGCCUUAGCAGCAGAAACAGAUGAAGAAAAUGUAGAGAGGAGGGAGUGAAAAGAUGCCAGGUCGGCAGGGAGUUUAGUUUUCUUCCAUUUCCGCUCCGCUGCCCGGAGCUCUGUUCUGUGAGCUCGCAAUGAGUCAUCAAGCCACGGAGCUGGAGGGGAGGACCGAGCCGGCCGGGAGGAUAGGGGACACAGAGAGUCAAAGGAUGCAGAAAGGGAGGAGAGGAGGGUUGAGGAGGCAGAAUCAGGAGAUUGGAGGGAGAAGGAUUGAGCAGAGGGAAGAGAUGAUAGGAUGGAAGAGGAGAGAGUAGUGGGAGAGAGAGAGCGAAGGUUGCGGCGGCGCAUUACCAUCUGUGUAGGGGCAGAGUGAGUAGUGUUGGAGGAGAGCGAGAGAGAAAAGGAAACAAAGUAGUGGUCGGAGACAUGGAGGGGAGUUGCAGUGAGAUUAGUAGAAGAGCAGCAUCUAGUAAAGAUAAGGUCAAGCGUAUUGCCUGCCUUGUGAGUAGGGGGGGACGGUGAGAGGGUGAGGUCAAAAGAGGAGAGGAGUGGAAAGAAGGAGGCAGAGAGAAAUGAGUCAAAUGUGGACAUAGGGAGGUUGAAAUCCCCCAAAACUGUGAGGGGUGAGCCAUCCUCAGGAAAGGAACUUAUCAAGGCGUCAAGCUCAUUGAUGAACUCUCCAAGGGAACCUGGAGGGCGAUAGAUGACAAGGAUAUUAAGCUUAAAUGGGCUAGUGACUGUGACAGCAUGGAAUUCAAAUGAGGAGAUAGACAGGUGGGUUAGGGGAAAAAUUGAGAAUGUCCACUUGGGAGAGAUGAGGAUUCCUGUGCCACCACCCCUCUGACCAGAUGCUCUCGGGGUAUGCGAGAACACAUGGUCAGACGAGGAGAGAGCAGUAGGAGUAGCAGUGUUUUCAGUGGUAAUCCAUGUUUCCGUCAGCGCCAGGAAGUCGAGGGACUGGAGGUUAGCAUAGGCUGGGAUGAAGUCAGCUUUGUUGGCAGCAGAACGGCAGUUCCAGAGGCUGCCUGAGACCUGGAACUCCAGGUGUGGGGUGCGUGCAGGGACCACCAGGUUAGAGAGGCAGCAGCCACGCGGUGUGAGGCGUUUGUGUAGCCUGUGCAGAGAGGAGAGAACAGGGAUAGGCAGAGGCAUAGUUGACAGGCUGUAGCAAAUGGCUACAAUAAUGCAGAGGAGAUCGGAAUGAAAUGAACUAAACAUCUGGAAGAAGAGAGAGCAGGGCCUCCCUCACCAAAACUUCCACCUCAGAAACUAUAAUUGUUUCACUGAACCACCCGAACAAAAACUCUCCCAACUUCCACCUUUAGAAAUCAGAAUUGUUGUGAACCACAGCGGUUCAAUGUUUAAAGGAGUAGACUCAACCCACUUUAUUCAGCUAGCUAACUAUGACACCAUAGCUAACUAGCAUGCUAGCAUCCAAUUACUUCACCAAUCAGUGCGGAUAGAGCAGGCAAGCUAGUUGUUUACAUGCGUGAUGGACAGACAAGUGUAGCCUAUGGCGCAAGAUGCGACUGACAUUUUUCGAUCGGGGAGAGAGCGAGAGAGGGUUGAGGAGGAGGCUUGAAGUGCUGGGCAUCUUGUUAUGACAUGCAUUAUCUGAAUUAGGUCCACCGAAUUAUACCUAGGAGGAGCGGCUUCUAUGGAGGAACUUUGAACGUCCUUUGAACCAGCUAGCUAACAAGCUGGUGUGUGCAGAGCGGCACCAGAAUUAAAAACCCGUCUUACCUUAUUGUAGUUAAUAAAUCCAACGUGAAAUGUGAUAACUAGGCCUAUAGUAUCCUUAACUAGCAUUGAACAAGUUAAUCAAUUCUUCUCUGUUAGUUCUCUUAUAUACUGCAGACAAGUUAUAUUUGCAUGAUUUAGCUUAUUCAUAAUUAACAUUUGCUUCAUUCAUGUGACCGACCAAUACUGGGUCAUGCAUAUGACAGACCAAUACCUCACAAGGCUUCUUCUCUCUAAGCUGAGACCUUGAAACUGAGAUAUCUUUCGUUCUCAAAACAAGGUUUUGGGCGUACUGCCAAAUUGCAGAUACUGAUAGUGAGGAUUCGUUCAAUCAGUCACUUGCAUGAACACAGAAAUUGGUUAUUAGAAAAGCACAAACAUAGAACACAGAAAUUGGUUAUUAGAAAAGCACAAACAUAAAAUGUUCCAUUACAAGGGUUUUUCAUAUCACACAAAUCCACUUUUCUGGACACUGGAUGAAGUCAGCUUAAAUAUUUUGGUUUCAUUUUGUUGAGACAAUCCAGGACCGGACUUACACAUAGCCGAUUGUGGAUAAAUACUUAUUUAAUCUUUCUAUUUGUAAAAUACUAAAGAAAGAUACGUCAAAUGUAUUUUUGUCAAAUUUUUCAGAAGAAAAUGUCAUCUAGAAAAAGAAAUUGACAAAAUAUCAACAAUUCCCUCUGUAUAAGUGGAGAAUACAUCUAAGGAUGGCACACGUUUUGGUAAAAACAGAUGCUUCUGAAGCUGAGAAAAAUUUGUUGGCGAUUGGGAAGAGUGACUUUUGGGAAAUGGCAGUUAAAGACAAGGACACUGAAUUUAGACUACCAAAUGCCAAACACCUUAGACCCAAUCCUCAUCUCUUCAAAGUAUGUUACUACAUAUAGUCCAGACUCCAGUUUGUAACAUUAUCUAUGAAACGGGCUUUUAAAUGGUGUAGUGAGCUUUGAAAUUAUGGAUGUACAUGUAUGUCCAUUUAAAAGUGGUUACAAUUCAUGACAUUUUAAUGACGGUAGUAUGACAAACUAACUAAAAUAUAAAUUGUCAUCAACUUUUUGACGUUCUUAUUUGUACUUUUUGAAAAUACUAAUAUUAAUCGACCAAAAUACCAGAAUAUCUCAAAAUUGAUAAGUACAUGCAAAAAUGUAAUUUUAUCCUGUGGUGGCUAGGCUUAAAUGAUAUAUAGCCAUUGGUUUUUGAAGAAUAUAACGUAUUAAUGCCCCCUGAGCUUAGUUCAACUGUCGUUUCCCAUCAGAACCCAAAAUAUAAACGUGUUUUACUCCAUUGUUUGUAAACAAUGCAAUUGUAAACAAACAAUGUAUAGCUUCAUGGUUAAAACUAUAAUGUUGAUAUCAUGAAUGGUCGGUCCUUGCGUCCGUAGCUCCGACUAUUCAUUUAUGAGUUGUUACAUUUCUUCAGCCCCAUCCAUCAGUUGUUUGUCCCCCGAAAAUGGCAGGGUGACCACUUUGUUGUUGUUUGAAUCCCAGAUUGCCCCUUUAAGACCAUAUCAAAUCUUGUUCCACACCGCUAGUCCUUCUGAAUAGGUUAUGUACAGUGUAACUAGGUCAUUGCAUUGCUAGGUCACACGGCUAAUCACCUGAUUUCUUGUUUUUUAUUUUGUGACCUUUACGCUAGCUGUUAUUUUUCCCACCUCUCACUCUCUAUCUUCUCAAAUGGUCCCUUUCUUAACACAAUAUUAUUUAAACCCUUCUAAUACAUUAUGGGGUGUUUCUCUGAUACAGAUUAAAUCGACACUACAUAUUUUUUCGAUAUCUUUAUUUACAUUUUAGUCAUUUAGCACGUGUUCAUGAAUGUUAUCUCACACAGAUUACAACGAGUGCGAGCAGAGCGUCAGCCUGUGUCGGAACGGCCAAUGUGUGAACGUGGCCGGUACCUACCACUGCUCUUGUGACUCUGGUUACCAAGCAACUCCUGACAGACAGAGCUGCGUAGGUAUGGUAAUCGAACUGAGUCGUAUGUUAUAUAUGAUGUCAUGCCACAUGCCAUUUAGUUAGGCCUAUAUGUUCUAAAGUUAUAUUUUUAUUUUGUACUCUGAGGAAUCAAUCUUAGAGCUAUUGCAUUCGAUAACAUGCUAGCUAACAUGUCAUACUGCUAUUUAUUACAUUACACCAUGGGAAAUUACUUUUUCUUUUGUAUUGCUUCACAUACAAUAAACAAUUACACCUGUGAGAGGAUAGAUACGAUGUUUCACCUGUUUCCUUAGUUGUUCCUAACCUGUUUCCUUAGUUGUUCCUAACCUGUUUCCUUAGUUGUUCCUAACCUGUUUCCUUAGUUGUUCCUAACCUGUAUCCUUAGUUGUUCCUAACCUGUUUCCUUAGUUGUUCCUAACCUGUUUCCUUAGUUGUUCCUAACCUGUUUCCUUAGUUUUUAUUUUUAACUGUUUGUGUGUUUUUCAGAUAUUGAUGAGCGUACCAUUGGGUGUGUGUUUUUCAGAUAUUGAUGAUUACAUUGUGACCACCUGUGAAAACUGAGUUUUUUUGUAGCUGCAAUCAAUGGCUAUGCACCUGAUGAGAGGAAGCUGUUGUUCACACCCUGUAUUCCUUACUUUCUACCUGUAUUCCUGUUUUCCUAACAGCUGUUUACCUUGAGUUGUCCUACACUGUAUCCUGUAUUGCACAUCCUGUAAACCUGUUUCUCCUUACAGUCUGUGUAAUACCUGGUUCUCUUACAGUCUGUAAUACCUGGUUACUCUCUACAGUCUGUAAUUCCUGGUUAUCUCUCAGUUGUAAGACUGUUAUCUUACAGUUAUCUGUUACUCUCUACAGUCUGUAAUACCUGGUUACUUUCACAAGUCUGAUGACUGGUACCUCUCUACGGUGUGUAAUACCUUGUUACUCUUCAGUCUAUACUGGUUACGUUUACAGUCUGCAAUACUGGUUAUCUCUACAGUCUGUAUAUACGUUUACCUCUACAGUCUGUAAUACCUUGGUUGUUUUUCUACGUCUGUAAUCCUGGUUACUCUACGUCUGUAAUCCGGUAUCUCUACAGUCGGUAUACUGGUUUUUCAUUCUGUAAUACCGGUUACCUCUACAGUGCUGUAUUACCUGGUUACUCUCUACAGUCUGUAAUCCUGGUUAACGUCUAUACAGUGUAAUACCUGGUUACAUGCUAUCGUCUGUAAUACCGGUUACUCUAAGUCUGUAUACCUGGUUAACUCUAUACAUCUGUAAUACCUGGUUACUCUCUACAGUCUGUAAUACUGGUUACUCUCUACAGUCUGUAAUACCUGGUUACUCUCUACAGUCUGUAAUACCUGGUUACUCUCUACAGUCUGUAAUACCUGGUUACUCUCUACAGUCUGUAAACCUGGUUACCUCUAUACAGUCUGUAAUACCUGGUUACUCUCUACAGUCUGUAAUACCUGGUUACUCUCUACAGUCGUAAUACCUGGUUACUCUCUACAGUCUGUAAUACCUGGUUACUCUAUACAGUCUGUAAUACCUGGUUACUCUCUACGUCUGUAAUACCUGGUUACUCUCUACAGUCUGUAAUACCUGGUUACCUCCUACAGUCUGUAAUACCUGGUUACUCUCUACAGUCUGAAUACCUGGUUACUCUCUACAGUCUGUAAUACCUGGUUACUCUCUACAGUCUGUAAUACCUGGUUACUCUCUACAGUCUGUAAUACCUGGUUACUCUCUACAGUCUGUAAUACCUGGUUACUCUCUACAGUCUGUAAUACCUGGUUACUCUAUACAGUCUGUAAUACCUGGUUACUCUCUACAGUCUGUAUACCUGUUUACUCUAUACAGUCUGUAAUACCUGGUUACUCUCUACAGUCUGUAAUACCUGGUUACUCUCUACAGUCUGUAAUACCUGGUUACUCUCUACAGUCUGUAAUACUGGUUACUCUCUUACAGUCUGUAAUACCUGGUUACUCUAUACAGUCUGUAAUACCUGGUUACUCUCUACAGUCUGUAUACCUGGUUACUCUCUACAGUCUGUAAUACCUGGUUACUCUCUACAGUCUGUAAUACCUGGUUACUCUCUACAGUCUGUAAUACCUGGUUACUCUCUACAGUAUGUAAUACCUGGUUACUCUCUACAGUCUGUAAUACCUGGUUACUCUAUACAGUCUGUAAUACUGGUUACUCUCUACAGUCUGUAAAUACCUGGUUACUCUCUACAGUCUGUAUACUGGUUACUCUAUACAGUCUGUAAUACCUGGUUACUCUCUACAGUCUGUAUAAUACCUGGUUACUCUCUACAGUCUGUAAUACCUGGUUACUCUAUACAGUCUGUAAACCUGGUUACUCUCUACAGUCUGUAAUACCUGGUUACCUCUUACAGUCUGUAAUACCUGGUUACUCUCUACAGUCUGUAAUUACCUGGUUACUCUCUACAGUCUGUAUACUGGUUACUCUCUUACAGUCUGUAAUACCUGGUUACUCUCUACAGUCUGUAAUACCUGGUUACUCUCUACAGUCUGUAAUACCUGGUUACUCUAUACAGUCUGUAAUACCUGGUUACUCUCUACAGUCUGUAAUACCUGGUUACUCUCUACAGUCUGUAAUACCUGGUUACUCUCUACAGUCUGUAAUACCUGGUUACUCUCUACAGUCUGUAAUACCUGGUUACUCUCUACAGUCUGUAAUACCUGGUUACUCUAUACAGUCUGUAAUACCUGGUUACUCUCUACAGUCUGUAAUACCUGGUUACUAUCUACAGUCUGUAAUACCUGGUUAUUCUCUACAGUCUGUAAUACCUGGUUACUCUCUACAGUCUGUAAUACCUGGUUUACUCUCUACAGUCUGCAAUACCUGGUUACUCUCUACAGUCUGCAAUACCUGGUUACUCUCUACAGUCUGUAAUACCUGGUUACUCUCUACAGUCUGUAAUACCUGGUUACUUUCUACAGUCUGUAAUACCUGGUUACUCUCUACAGUCUGUAAUACCUGGUUACUCUCUACAGUCUGUAAUACCUGGUUACUCUCUACAGUCUGUAAUACCUGGUUACUCUCUACAGUCUUGUAUUACCUGGUUACUCUCUACAGUCUGUAAUAUACCUGGUUACUCUAUACAGUCUGUAAUACCUGGUUACUCUAUACAGUCUGUAAUACCUGGUUACUCUCUACAGUCUGUAAUACCUGGUUACUCUAUACAGUCUGUAAUACCUGGUUACUCUCUACAGUCUGUAAUACCUGGUUACUCUCUACAGUCUGUAAUACCUGGUUACUCUCUACAGUAUGUAAUACCUGGUUACUCUCUACAGUCUGUAAUACCUGGUUUGGUUACUCUCUACAGUCUGUAAUACCUGGUUACUCUCUACAGUCUGUAAUACCUGGUUACUCUCUACAGUCUGUAAUACCUGGUUACUCUCUACAGUCUGUAAUACCUGGUUACUCUCUACAGUCUGUAAUACCUGGUUACUCUAUACAGUCUGUAAUACCUGGUUACUCUCUACAGUCUGUAAUACCUGGUUACUCUCUACAGUCUGUAAUACCUGGUUACUCUCUACAGUCUGUAAUACCUGGUUACUCUCUACAGUCUGUAAUACCUGGUUACUCUCUACAGUCUGUAAUACCUGGUUACUCUCUACAGUCUCUAUACCUGGUUACUCUCUACAGUCUGUAAUACCUGGUUACUAUCUACAGUCUGUAAUACCUGGUUACUCUCUACAGUCUGUAAUACCUGGUUACUCUCUACAGUCUGUAAUACCUUGUUACUCUCUACGUAUGUAAUACCUGGGUUACUCUCUACAGUCGUAAUACCUGGUUACUCUCUACAGUCUGUAAUACCUGGUUACUCUCUACAGUCUGUAAUACCUGGUUACUCUCUACAGUCUGUAAUACCUGGUUACUUCUCUACAGUCUGUAAUACCUGGUUACUCUAUACAGUCUGUAAUACUGGUUACUCUCUACAGUCUGUAAUACCUGGUUACUCCUCUACAGUCUGUAAUACCUGGUUACUCUCUACAGUUGUAAUAUCUGGUUACUCUCUACAGUCUGUAAUACCUGGUUACUCUCUUACAGUAUGAAUACCUGGUUACUCUAUACAGUCUGUAAUACAUGGUUACUCUCUACAGUCUGUAAUACCUGGUUACUCUCUACAGUAUGUAAUACCUGGUUACUCUCUACAGUCAGUAAUACCUGGUUACUCUCUACAGUCUGUAAUACCUGGUUACUCUCUACAGUCUGUAAUACCUGGUUACUCUCUACAGUCUGUAAUACCUGGUUACUCUCUACAGUCUGUAAUACCUGGUUACUCUCUACAGUAUGUAAUAUCUGGUUACUCUCUACAGUCUGUAAUACCUGGUUACUCUCUACAGUUGUAUACCUGGUUUACUCUAUACAGUAUGUAAUACAUGGUUAUCUCUACAUCUGUAAAUCCGGUUACUACUCUACAGUAAUGUAACCUGGUUACCUCUAUACAGUCAUAAUACCUGUACUCUCUACAAUCUGUAAUAACCUGGUUACUCUCUAUCAAUCCUGUAACCUCACGGAACCUAACAGUCUGUAAUACUGUUUACUCUCUACAGUCUGUAAUACCUGGUUACUCUCUACAGUCUGUAAUACCUGGUUACUUUCUACAGUCAGUAACCUGGUUACUCUCUACCAGUCCUGUAAUACCUGGUAUUCUCUACAGUCUAAUCACCUGGUUACCUCUACAGUCUGUAAUACCUGGUUACUCUCUACAGUCUGUAACCUGGUUACCUGCGUACAUCAGUAUACAUGGUUACCUCUACUUGUAUACCUGUUAUCUCUACAGUUUAAACCUGGUUACUCUUACAGUCUGUAUACUGUUUCCCUACAGUCUGUAAUACCUGGUUAACUUCUACAUCUGAUACUGUUAUCUUACAGUCUGAAACCGGUUACUCUCUACAGUCUGUAAACCUGGUAAUAACACUACAGUCUGUACAACUGGUUAUCUCUACAGUCUGUAAUACCUGGUUACUCUCUACAUCGUAUACUAGGUUAACUCCUCUACAGUCCGUAAUACGGUUACUCUCUACAGUCUGUAAUACCUGGUUACCACUUACAGUAUGUAAUACUGUUCUCUACAUCUGUAUACCUUGGUUACUCCUACUCCAGUCUGCAAUCCCGUUUACUCAUCUACAGUCUGUAUACCGGGUUACUUUAUACAGUCGUGUAAUAAACCUGUAUCUCUACAGCUGUAUACCUGGUUACUCUCUACAGUCUGUAAUACCUGGUUAGCUACUACAGUCUGUAAUACCUGGUACUCUCUACAGUUGUAAUACCUGUUACUCUACAGUCUGUAAUCCCUGGUUACUACUCUACAGUCUGUAAUACCUGGUUACUCUCUACAGUAUGUAAUACCUGGUUCUUAAUUUGUCAAAUUCCAUUCAUAAAGUUAAAAUGGAACUGACCCCACUGUUAAACACAACAUUACAAAAUAAGGGCAUAAUGCAAUCCCAACACUUCCACAACCCUAUUUUGUUAUAUAUUUUAUACAAGCAAUAUUGAUACCACCUGCAGUACACAGUAUACAGUAUAGCCACCUGCAGUACACAGUAUACAGUAUAACCACCUGCAGUACACAGUAUACAGUAUAACCACCUGCAGUACACAGUAUACAAGUAAACCACCUGCAGUACACAGUGUACAGUAUAACCACCUGCAGUACACAGUAUACAGUAUAACCACCUGCAGUACACAGUAUACAGUAUAACCACCUGCAGUACACAGUAUACAGUAUAACCACCUGCAGUACACAGUAUACAGUAUAACCACCUGCAGUACACAGUAUACAGUAUAACCACCUGCAAGUACACAGUAUACAGUAUAGCCACCUGCAGUACAGUAUACAGUAUAAACCACCUACAGUUACACAGUAUACAGUAUAACCACCUGCAGUACACAGUAUACAGUAUAACCACCUGCAGUACACAGUAUACAGUAUAACCACCUGCAGUACACAGUAUACAGUAUAGCCACCUGUACUGUAUGUAAACCCUAACUCUGGUACUGUAAAGGUAUAUAGUCCAUAGGAUCCAGGGCAGCCCUCACUCUUACUUCAGGCAUCAGGGCAGCGAGGACAGGCAGACAGUAAACAGUCGCAGUCAUCAACACAGAAAAACAGUCUCAAGGCAGUAAAGACAGAAAAGGGAAAAAGUAGACAGGCAAGCAGCAGGCAGGGAGCCACUUACAGAUAUACAGACAACGGACACGGAGACGAAAAAAAAAUUAAAAGACUGAAAGGACAGACAAAAACGAAGAAAGAAGGGAUGAAGAACCCCACUUCUAUCAUUUCUCACUGGCUGAUUUUUGUGCCCUUUUUUUUUUAAAUUUUUUUUUUUCCCCCCGGGGGGGCCCCCCUUUCUUUUUCCCCCCCUUUUGGGGGGGGCCCCCCCCCCCCCCCCCCCACCCCCCCCGGGGGGCCCCCCCUGGGGGGGGCCCCCCCCCCCCCCCCCCAAAACCCCCCCCCGGGGGGGAAAGGGGGGGGGCCCCCCAAAAAAAGGGGGGGGGCCCCCCCGGGGGGGGGGGGGACCCCCCGGGGCCCCCCCCCCCCCCCCCCCCCCCCCCGGGGGGGGGGUUUUUUAAAAAAAAAAACCCCCCCCCCCCCCCCCCCCCCCCCCCCCCCCCCCCCCCCCCCCCGGGGGACCUCGUACAGUAUACAGUUAACCACCUGUAACGUUACGUAAACCCUCUACUAUUACUACACUGCUACAGUACGUAUAGCACCUGUACUAUAACCACCGUACGAGUAUACAGGUCCAGCCCUCACUCUUACUUAGGCAGUCAGCACGACAGCAGACAGUAAAAUCAGUCGCAGACAGAUAAACCAGUCAGUCGCUACAGGCAGCAGUCACACAGACAGUGAGCAGGCAGGCAGGCAGGCAGGCAGGCAGCAGUCUACAGUAUACAGACAGACGGACGAGUCAGCGGACAGACAGUCAGUAUACAGACGUCAGACGGACAGACAGCAGACAGCAGACAGUCAGAGUCGUGUGACUGAAGAUGACUCACACCAUCAGUUGCUCACGGCUGACUGCUAGUGACUCUCUAAUUCGCAUUCAUGAUUAUCGUCUGACUGAGUACCUUCUACUACGUCUACUCUGAUCUUCUGCCCUUCGUCUUGCUCUCGUUCUCACUCUCUAUUCUCCUCGCUGUCUCUCUCUUCCUCUCUCUCUCUCUCGCUUUCUCUCUCCUCUCUCUCUCUCUGCUCUCUCUCUCGUCGCGUCGUCUCUCUCAUCGCCUCUCCUGUCUCUGGCUCCUCGUGCUCUCAAUCUCGCUAAGCGUCCGACCCUCCCUACUCUCUCUCGCUCCUUGCGUGUCUCUAUCGCCUCUUCUCUCAAUCUCACUUCUCUUCAUCUUCAUCUCUCUGUUUCAUUAUUAUUCCCUGCCCUCACCUCUGCCUCUCUCAAUGUUUCGUCUUACUCUUCUCCACCAAUCAAUCAACUUUCCUGCAGUCUCGACUAUAAUAUCCACUCCCGCACAACACGCAGAUGUACUUGACCCCCCCUCCGACUCAUACCAACGACCCUCCCUCCCCUCCCUCCCUCCCCCCUCCCUCCCUCCAUCCUCCCUCCCUCCCUCCUCCCUCCCCUCCUCUCCCUCCCUCUCCCCCCUCCCUCUCCCUCCCUCUCUCUCCCUCUCUCCCUCUCUCCCCUCCUCUCCCUCCUCUCCCUCUCUCGCUCUCUCCCUCCCUCCCUCUAUCUCGCCCUCCCCCUCCUCUCGCUCCCCCCCCCCUCUCUCUUUCCGCUUCCCCCUCCCUCUCGCGCUCUCUCCCUCCCCCCCGCCCUCCCUCUCCCCCUCCCUCCCCCUCUCUCCUCCCUCUCUCUCUCCCUCCCCCUCCGUCUCCCUCCCUCUAUCUCUCCAGAUGUGGAUGAGUGUGAGCAGGAGCCUGAUAUAUGUGAUGGAGGACAGUGCACUAACAUCCCAGGGGAGUACCACUGUCUGUGCUACGACGGCUUUAUGACUGCCCUGGACAUGAGGCUCUGCAUAGGUAUCCACACACACACACACACACACACACACACACACACACACACACACACACACGCACACACACGUGUGACACUCAUACACACACGUGCACACGGGAGCACACUCACACACACACACACACACACACACAUAUCAGAUCAUAUGGCCCUCUGAGUUGUGUGGCUAAAAAGGUUAAUGUCAAGAAUGUAGGCCUACAUUGAACACCACACAAAUGUUACUGUAGGCUUUGUCAUAGAAAUCACUCUGGUAGGCCUACAUUAUGCUCAAAUAGCCACGGUAGCCUACUUGGCCACUGUCUAAAACUAUAACUGUUCAUAGUAAAUGUGCGCCGAAAGUUGCACAGAAUGCUCACAGCGUUCAAGUUUCCGCUCACUAGACCUGAAAUUUGCUCAGUGCCGGAAAAGGGAACAUUGGUGCUUACAUCUAAAAACUAUGUUAGAAAUAAUUAUGUUGUAAAUAACUAUGUUGUAAAUAACUAUGUUGUAAAUAACUAUGUUGUAACUAUAACUCUAGAGUCUAAGCGACAUGUUUCUUCAUCAGUUAACAAAUAUACAUACUAACAAUUUGGAUGGAUUAUGUUGAAACCACUUCUAUAUGCUCAUGAGCUUUUUCUCACAUAGUCCAUAUCGUUCUCACACUGUGACCAUGGUUUAACCUUACAUAAGUUACUUAGAGUUCACUGUCUCAGCCUCUCCUCCAUGUGAGACGAGUUUUCCAUCCUCCUCCUCCUCCUCCUCCUCCUUUUCCUCUUCCUCCCUCUCUCCUCCCUCUCCAGAUGUGAACGAGUGUGACCUGAACUCCAACAUCUGUAUGCACGGCGAGUGCGAGAACACCAAGGGAUCCUUCAUCUGCCACUGUCAGCCUGGCUACUCAGUCAAGAAGGGAACUUCUGGAUGCACAGGUGCGAGAGAGAGUCAAAUCUCCCUACUGUCAUAUCUAAGCCAAUAUGACAACAUUCGCAAAUCAACUUGAUUGGAGGAACACAACACACUCCCCGCCUCUCAUCAUGAGCCGUCCGGCCGUUACCGAGAACCACAUUCCGGAUUUUAAAACAGGGUCGUCAAAUUGAGUUUUCAGAGUAUUUCCUGCUCCUACUUAGCUCAAAUUCUAGACACCGGAUUAAAAUGAGACUAUACCGUCCAUAAAGUGACCAUUGGGCUUAAAUUGUAUAAUUUAUCGAUCUCUCGCAUGCACAUUUCCGUCUAUUAAGAACCAACGAUGUGCUACCUUUUUGUAGCAUUUCUGACAAUGCUAACAUCUUAUCAGCCGAAUCUCAAGAGUUCUACUUAACCGGGUCAAGCAACUUGAUUUCUCAGGAACAACACAGCUGCUGCUGCCUGCAACAAGCUGACAGUCAUAAGAAGUGGCUGAGAACAAACCUAAGCUACUGCAGAUAGCUAGCUAUAUGGUGGUAUUCAAGCUGAGGUCAAUUAAUAAAUGCAAACAGAUAUUUUGAUUAGUUAGGGAGGUAGCUAGCUACCUAACGUUACCUAGCUAACUUUAGCUAACAUCCAAAGUCCAGCAGCUAGCCUCUGUAUCUAGUUAACGAACAGGCAAAGAAAGGUAGCUAGCGAUAUUUGUUUAUGGAAGGUUUUUACACAAAUAACUUUAGCCAUUAGCUAGCUAGCUAGCUAGCUAAAGCCAGACAAUAACAGCUGACCUCGACACAGAAGCUAGCUAACGAUAGCUAGCUCAUGUCCAAAUGCCAGACCUAAAUGUUUCCACGAAACACACAUCAGUUGAAAAAGUAACCUAUCACUGGCCCAGAUUCACAGAACGAGGUGAAAAAAGGUUGAUCAAAGCGAAAUGAAGGCGGGAUCUUCAUUGAUUAGCAAUGUAGAGUGGGCAUUCACAUCCUGAUUCCGCUUUGCUCAAAUUCAUUUACCGUUAGUCUGUGAAUCUGUGAGUGACAGCUAGUGACAGUGAGGCUAUUCGAGAUCGCCCAGAUUGAAAAUUCACCAGCCAUGAUGCGCUGUUCCAAGCUGUCAAAUUAGGGUUUGUAAGGUCAUGAAAAAGCAUGGAAAUUAGUUUCAUAAUUGUUGUUAAUGUAAUUCAUUUAAGCACACUUUUAAAUAUGGUUAGUCAAUAAAAAAAAAAACGACAUAUCAGCCAUUAUCGGAAUAACCCUUCAGUGCAUGUCUGUGGUGCUGCAUGUGUGCCAGUGUGAGUGGGCCUUUGCCCGAGGAGAGAGAGCUCGACAUUUCAGCAGCAGGUAUACAAUUAUGACAGACAGACUUAUCUAGAUCACCAAUUCAAAAUAUAACUUGUAGCAGUUAUCUCGCUAGUUAACUAUAGCUGACUAAGCAUUCUUUUAGUUGUUGCCUUUCCCCCAGGCACUGUAGAGCCUAAAUAAAUCUGCACCGUUGGGAAAGCUGGGAUUUCCCUCGACUAAAUAGUAGCCAUGUAAUUGCGACAACGUAAAAAAUAUUCUAAGAAUAGCCUAAUUGACAAAUAAUUUGCUGUGCAUAGAUCUCCCCCGGAACAUGAAUAUUUCAGUCUCAUAUACUGUAUUAACAUGUCUAGUUAGUUAGAUAAAUAGCUUUGAAGUAGCCUACCUUAUCCAUUUGAUCCCUGAUUUAUUGAAUGAGGGAAUCAUUUUACAAAAGUAUGUGGUUGUUAUGUUGAAAAUGCCAAGCUUGCACACCCAGGAGCUCUCCAGAUGGAGUGUUGACCACAUGUUGACAACAUGUGACUAACAGUGCAGUUCUAUUCAGACACAGCAGCUUUCCAGUGUCAAUAAUGCUUUGUGACAAGGUAGGGUUGGUAUACAGAAGAAUUUCAAUUAACAGGAAGCCUAGUUAAAAGUUAUUUUGUGGAAUUUCUUUCCUUCUUAAUGUGUUUGAGUCAAUUAGUUGUGUUGUGACAAGGUAGGGGGAGUAUACAGAAGAUAGCCCUAUUUGGUAAAACACCAAGUCCAUAUUAUGGCAAGAACAGCUCAAAUAAGAAAAGAGAAACGACAGUCCAUCAUUACUUUAAGACAUGAAUGUCAGUCAAUCCGGAAAAUUUCAAGAACUUUGAACGUUUCUUCAAGUGCAGUCGCAAAAACCAUCAAGUGCUAUGAUGAAACUGGCUCUCAUGAGGACCGCCACAGGAAAGGAAGACCCAGAGUUACCUCUGCUGCAGAGGAUACGUUCAUUAGAGUUACCAGCCUCAGAAAUUGCAGCCCAAAUAAAUGCUUCACAGAGUUCAAGUAACAGACACAUCUCAACAUCAACUGUUCAGAGGAGACUGCGUGAAUCAGGCCUUCAUGGUCGAAUUUCUGCAAAGAAACUACUACUAAAGGACACCAAUAAGAAGAUGAGACUUGCUUGGGCCAAGAAACACGAGCAAUGGACAUUAGACCGGUGGAAAUGUGUCCUUUGGUCUGAUGAGUCCAAAUUUGAGAUUUUUGCUUCUAACCGCGGUGUCUUUGUGAGACGCAGAGUAGGUGAACGGAUGAUCUCCACAUGUGCAGUUCCCACCGUGAAGCAUGGAGGAGGAGGUGUGAUGUUGUGGGGGUGCUUUGCGAUCAGUGAUUUAUUUAGAAUUCAAGGCACACUUAACCAGCAUGGCUACCACAGCAUUCUACAGCGAUACGCCAUCCCAUCUGGUUUGCGCUUAGUGGGACUAUCAUUUGUUUUUCAACAGGACAAUGACCCAAAACAUACCUCCAGGCUGUGUAAGGUCUAUUUUACCAAGAAGGAGAGUGAUGGAGUGCUGCAUCAGAUGACCUGGCCUCCGCAAUCACCCGACCUCAACCCAAUUGAGAUGGUUUGGGAUGAGUUGGACCGCAGAGUGAAGGAAAAGCAGCCAACAAGUGCUCAGCAUAUGCGGGAACUCCUUCAAGACUGUUGGGAAAGCAUUCCUCAUGAAGCAGGUUGAGAGAAUGUCAAGAGUGUGCAAAGCUGUCAUCAAGGCAAAGGGUGGCUAUUUUGAAUAAUCAAAAAUAUAAAAUAUAUUUUGAUUUGUUUAACACUUUUUUGGUUACUACAUGAUUCCAUAUGUGUUAUUUAAUAGUUUUGAUGUCUUCACUAUUAUUCUACAAUGUAGAAAAUAGUAAAAAAAAAAAAAAACCUUGAAUGAGUAGGUAUGUCCAAACUUUUGACUGGUAGUGUAUAUCAACAUUAAAAGUAGGAACAAUUUCAGAUGUAUUGAAAUUCAUGAAAGUAAAUAUGUCUGGCUACUGUGAGAUGUACUGUAUUGUAAUUACCGAAUGUCACUCCUCCUGUGUAGACAUGGAUGAGUGUCAGAUCGGGGCCCACAACUGUGACGUCAACGCCAACUGUGUCAACACCCCUGGGGACUUCCGCUGUUCCUGCCGAGUCGGCUGGGUUGGCAACGGAGUCAACUGUAUCGGUAGGUCCCCAGCCUCCAACCUCCAUCUGCUCAGUCUAUACACUUUAAUCCAUACACUGAAUGUAUACACUUUCCACUGGCUCAGAUGCUAGACAAAAAGGAACUGUGUGAGUGAAAAAUAAAUAAUGAUCAAUCAAUCAACUUCUCUGCAAGACACAAAAUACAUAAAUGAUUGCAAAUGUAUCAGAGCCCUGACAAUGAUUCAAAGUCCGUUUCUGACCAAUUUCUGACCAAUCUCACCAAUGAAUCACCUUUGGGGACACGUCUGAGAUAAAGACAGAAAAAUAUAGUCCUAUUUCUUUACUAUGCUAAAUAAUGACUAGCAUUGCCUCACAUCAUAUAGCGCACUUAACUGUCUGAUAACUCACAAACACUCCACUGAACCCCCGUUCAUCCGACAAAGAGUCAGAGUUAAUCUGACUAAAAACUAUAAACCUGUAGCUAAUUUUGAACAUGAACAAGUCUCCACUACCUAAUUCUACAUCUAGCUAAGGUGUUUUGUGAUGGUAGAAUCAGUAUUCAUGAAAUUUGAAAUGUGCUGGCUGAACCAGUCUCAAAUCAAUCCGUAUGAAACGAAAGGCAGGGAUGCUAACAACACCAGUUAACACACUCAAUGCUGAAUACUCCCUGUAGCUAGCUAACUAGUGUAGUGAAGCUCUAGCUAAUAAUGCACAAAUGCGUUUUCAUGACAUCUGUUCCGCCGUGAUUAGUGUGCCGAGUUCUACAUCACAGCUCACUGCUCUGUCAUCGCCUUGGCCAAAUGUAGCGAGACACACUGCCAGCUGUCAGAGUCGGAUGCCUGCUGAUUUCUGAGAACAGUCUCGUACCUUUGGUGCCUUACAACUUCAUCAACAAGCUGGAAAACUAGCUACUGUAUGGCCCUUCAAACAUCUUGGCACUAGGCUGCUGGCUGGAGCAGGUUUGCUCAGCUGAUCUAGCAUGGUUUGCCAUAGUACCCAGUGCGUCAUAGCUAACGAGAGCAGAGGGAUUUUCAGAAUUAGGAACUAGUGUUAGGCGGAUGGGCAAAAUCUAGAUUUUUAGAGAUGAGUUUCGUGUCCUACAAGACAGAUCGUAGGAGUGACUCCAUCUGACGUGAGACAAUGAGUGACUAGUUCAAACAGGCAGCAUUCCUUUUGAACUGUGAAUCCAGCUAGAAAAGAGGUUUAAAAAAGGGUUAAACGGUCAGAUGAACAUAGCAAUCAUCCUGCUCAAUGUUGAGUGCAAGGAUUGGAUUCAAUCCCAUUUCAUAAGAAGAAGACUACUUUAUCAUUCAUUUUCAUUGCAGUCCAGGGAAAUUACUUUUUGCUUUUACCCCACUCCCCGAGACACACACACACACACAGCUAUGUUGCAGUCAGCCAUGUUGCAGUCAGCCAUGUUGCAGUCAGCCAUGGAUCAGUCAGCCAUGUUGCAGUCAGCCGUGGUGCAGUCAGUUAUGUUGCAGUCAGCCGUGGUGCAGUCAGCUAUGUUGCAGUCAGCCAUGGAUCAGUCAGCCGGGGUGCAGUCAGCCAUGGUGCAGUCAGCUAUGUUACAGUCAGCAAUGUAUCAGUCAGCUAUGUUGCAGUCAGCCGGGGUGCAGUCAGCUAUGUUGCAGUCAGCUAUGUUCCAGUUAGCUAUGUUUCAGUCAGCCAUGUUUCAGUCAGCCAUGGUGCAGUCAGCUAUGUUCCAGUCAGCCAUGGUGCAGUCAGCCAUGAUGCAGUCAGCCAUGUUGCAGUCAGCCAUGUUGCAGUCAGCCAUGGUGCAGUCAGCCGUGGUGCAGUCAGCCAUGUUGCAGUCAGCCGUGGUGCAGUCAGCCAUGUUGCAGUCAGCCGUGGUGCAGUUUGGUGCCUUACUCAAGACUCUGAUACAAUCCAUUCUGGAAUGUGUAUUUGUAUUAGCUAGUAUUCAACUCAUGUAUCGAAAAUAUAGCAAAAUAAGAAUAUUCUUUCUAUAAGGAAAUUGAUUGCUAGACAUUUUCUGAAUGGACCGAUUUGAACUAGGGUGGAGACCUAGCCCAGUGGUGAUUGUGUGUGUAUUGUAGAUAUGGAUGAGUGCACCAAUGGGACAAGCCACUGCAGUGCCAACGCCAAGUGUCUGAACACACCCGGCUCCUACCGCUGUGCCUGCGCUCAGGGCUACACUGGAGAUGGCUUCACCUGUUCAGGUAACACACACACACACACACACUCUGUCUACACUGAGUAUACCGAACAUUAGGAACACCUUCCAAAUAUUGAGUUGCGCCCCCCACCUUCCAAAUAUCAAGUUGACUAGAUGUCCUUUGGGUGGGUGGACCAUUCUUGAUACACACAGGAAACUGUUGAGCGUGAAAACCCCAGCAGCUUUGCGGUUCUAGACACUAACAGGUGUGCCUGGCACCUACUACCAUACCCUGUUCAAAAGCACUUCAAUAAUUUGUCUGCCCUUCAGCUACACUGAUUGAAGUGGAUUUAACAAGUGACAUCAAUAAGGGAUCAUGUUUUUCACCUGGAUUCACCUGGUCAGUCUAUGUCAUGGAAAGAGCAGGUGUUCUUAAUGUUUUGUAUACUCAGUGUAAUUACCAUGGUAACUGUUAAACAGCUGCAGAGAGUUGGCUUGUUGAUAUUGUCCAUGCUACUGUUGGUGUUCAUGUCAUAACCAGUGUUAGGUACUGUUAUGUACUGUGUUCAAGUCAUAACCAGUGUUAGGUACUGUUAUGUACUGUGUUCAAGUCAUAACCAGUGUUAGGUACUGUUGUGUACUGUGUUCAAGUCAUAACCAGUGUUAGGUACUGUUAUGUACUGUGUUCAAGUCAUAACCAGUGUUAGGUACUGUUGUGUACUGUGUUCAAGUCAUAACCAGUGUUAGGUACGUUAUGUACUGUGUUCAAGUCAUAACCAGUGUUAGGUACUGUUAUGUACUGUGUUCAAGUCAUAACCAGUGUUAGGUACUGUUGUGUACUGUGUUUCAAGUCAUAACCAGUGUUAGGUACUGUUGUGUACUGUGUUCAAGUCAUAACCAGUGUUAGGUACUGUUGUGUACUGUGUUCAAGUCAUAACCAGUGUUAGGUACUGUUGUGUACUGUGUUCAAGUCAUAACCAGUGUUAGGUACUGUUGUGUACUGUGUUCAAGUCAUAACCAGUGUUAGGUACUGUUGUGUACUUUGUUCAAGUCAUAACCAGUGUUAGGUACUGUUGUGUACUGUGUUCAAGUCAUAACCAGUGUUAGGUACUGUUGUGUACUGUGUUCAAGUCAUAACCAGUGUUAGGUACUGUUGUGUACUGUGUUCAAGUCAUAACCAGUGUUAGGUACUGUUGUGUACUGUGUUCAAGUCAUAACCAGUGUUAGGUACUGUUGUGUACUGUGUUCAAGUCAUAACCAGGUUAGUUACUGUUGUGUACUGUGUUCAAGUCAUAACCAGUGUUAGGUACUGUUGGUACUGUGUUCAAGUCAUAACCAGUGUUAGGUACUGUUAUGUACUGUGUUCAUGUCAUAACCAGUGUUAGGUACUGUUGUUGUACUGUGUUCAAGUCAUAACCAGUGUUAGGUACUGUUGUGUACUGUGUUCAAGUCAUAAACCAGGUUUAGGUACUGUUGUGUACUGUGUUCAAGUCAUAACCAGUGUUAGGUACUGUUGUGUACUGUGUUCAAGUCAUAACCAGUGUUAGGUACUGUUGUGUACUGUGUUCAAGUCAUAACCAGUGUUAGGUACUGUUAUGUACUGUGUUCAUGUCAUAACCAGUGUUAGGUACUGUUGUGUACUGUGUUCAUGUCAUAACCAGUGCUAGGUCCAUAUAUUUUCAGGUUCAGUUAAUUGAAUUGUCUUAAAUGCUUUAUUUGUAUAUAAAUAGAUGUUUGCGUAUAGCAAUUUAGUAGCAACACAUUCCCUCCGACCCUCCAACCCUCUGACCCAGGGAUCAUCAACACGUUCUAACCCUCUGACCAUCUAACCCUCCAACCCUCCGACCCUCCAACCCUCUGACCCUCUGACCAAGGGAUUAUCAACACGUUCUAACCCUCUGACCAUCUAACCCUCCAACCCUCCGACCCUCCAACCCUCCAACCCUCUGACCCAGGGAUCAUCAACACGUUCUAACCCUCUGACCAUCUAACCCUCCAACCCUCCGACCCUCCAACCCUCUGACCCUCUGACCAAGGGAUUAUCAACACGUUCUAACCCUCUGACCAUCUAACCCUCCAGCCCUCCAACCCUCUGACCCUCUGACCAAGGGAUUAUCAACACGUUCUAACCCUCUGACCAUCUAACCCUCCAACCCUCCGACCCUCCAACCCUCUGACCCUCUGACCCAGGGAUCAUCAACACGUUCUAACCCUCUGACCCUCUGACCCAGGGAUCAUCAACCCUCUCCAACCCUCUAACCCAUCUCAACCAUGGAUGUAUGGGCAUUGGCCUAUAUAACAAUUCAAUGUCCUUCUCCAUCACUGAAUUGUCUUGAAGAUCUGAUGUUAACCGUGUUUGAUCCCUAUGUGGUGACAGACGAGGAUGAGUGUGCAGAGAACGUGAACCUAUGUGAGAACGGCCAGUGUCUCAACACCCUGGGGGGUUACCGCUGUGAGUGUGAGAUGGGCUUCACCCCCGCUCCGGACAGCCGCACCUGCCAAGGUGAGUCAAUGGCCCUGUCCCCUAUCUAUCUCACAGUCCAUUCACAGAGUAUAUAGCAGCUCCGGGGUGAAGUUUCCCCUAGGAACAGGUCUAGGAUCAGCUUCCACUCCCCAAAUCCUAACCUUAACCAUUAGUGGGGAAAAUGCUAAACUUAUCCAAGAUCAGCGUCAAGUGGUGACUUUACCCUACAUCGUGUAGAGCACCAACCUAAUACCCAAUGCCACCCCAUUGAUGAGCCAUUAUUGAUGCAAUAUAUGUUUCUAUUCAUUCAAACCUGUACAAGAAGGUUUGUGGCAAAUACAUAACAAUACGAAUACAAUACUACAUUUCCCCUGAGGGCGUCAUUGGGAACACAAACUGUACAUCCGCAACACACUGUGUGCGCUUUGGACAGGCAAAAGAUGAAUAUCAGCAAACAUACAUUUAGAUUAUUACCAUGAAUAAGGAAAAAAAGUCAAUGUGUCUCUUGCUGAUCCUCUGCAGAUAUUGAUGAGUGCACCUUCCAGAAUAUCUGUGUGUUUGGCACGUGUAAGAACAUCCCCGGCAUGUUCCGCUGUAUCUGUAACGACGGCUAUGAGCUGGACCGCUCCGGAGGCAACUGUUCAGGUAUGACAUGACCGUCUGUCUGACCGUCUGGCUGGCUGGCUCUGGCUGGUUGGCUGGCUCUGGGUGGCUGGCUCUGGCUGGGAGGCUCUGGCUGGCUGGCUUUGACUGGCUAAUUGGCUGGCUCUGGCUGGCUGGCUGGCUUGCUGGCUCUGGCUGGUUGGCUCUGGCUGGCUGGCUGGCAGGCUGGCUGGCUGGCUCAGGCUGGCUGGCUGGUUAGCUGACUCUGGCUGGCUGGCUCUGGCUGGUUGGCUCUGGCUGGCUGGCUGGCUGGCUGGCUGGCUGGCUCAGGCUGGCUGGCUGGUUAGCUGACUCUGGCUGGCUGGCUCUGGCUGGUUGGCUCUGGCUGGCUGGCUGGCUGGCUGGCUGGCUGGCUGGCUCAGGCUGGCUGGCUGGUUGGCUGACUCUGGCUGGCUGGCUCUGGCUGGCUGGCUCUGGCUGGCUGGUUGGCUGACUCUGGCUCUGGCUGGCUGGCUGGCUCUGGCUAGAUGGUUGGUUGGCCUGCUGUCCGUCUGUCUAUCCUUCAGUCUACCGAUCUAUCUCACCCACGUUACCACUGUUUUAGUCAUUCAAUCAGUCAGUCAGUCAGUCUGUCAAUCAGUCAGUCAGUCAGUCAGUCUGUCUUUCUGUCUGUCUACCUUCCUGUCUGUCCAUCCUUCCAUCUAUCUUCCUGUCUAGCCCUCUGUCCAUCUCUCUGUUUACCUAUCUGUGUGACCAGGUAAGGUGAUUGAGGAUACUAACUCUGAUGUCAUCUCUAAGAUAGCGUCCCAAAUGGCACCCUAUUCCCAAUGUAGUGCUCCACCAAAGUCUCUGAUGAGGUGAAAUUACCUUUAACCUGGAUGUUCUCCUUUAUGGGGUGUCAGUGCACUCUGACGUGGAUGGGCGUUAAAGGUUUAAACAGGUAGAAGAAUGUGUUUGAUGGUGAGGUUUACAGUGUAGGAUCUCUGGGGUCACUGAUUGAAUACAUACCAUCACCACCCACCAUGAUUCAUGGUUUCCAUAUUUCCAAAGCUUUCCAACAUUGUGAUGGGGAGAUUUUUAGUGGUGUCAAAGUGCAUGUCUCAUGGAAGCUGCUGUAGAAAUAAUGUAUGAUCAUUGGUGAUCGUAGUGUAUCCUAUUUCAUAUUAUAUUUAUAUCAUAUUUAUAUUUCUUAUUUUCCAUGUUUGAAAAGUGAAAAGUUUGUGUGUGUGUGUGUGUGUGUGUGUGUGUGUGUGUGUGUGUGUGUGUGUGUGUGUGUGUGUGUGUGUGUGUGUGUGUGUGUGUGUGUGUGUGUGUGUGUGUGUGUGUGUGUGUGUGUGUGUGUGUGUAUGUGUCGACCAGACGUGGACGAGUGCCUGGACCCCAUCAACUGUGUGAACGGGCUGUGUGUGAACGUCGACGGUUCCUACGAGUGUAACUGUCCUCCAGACUUUGAACUCAACCCUACUGGGGUGGGGUGUGUAGGUAGGUUAUUACAGGUCAACUUGAAUAUCUAGUUAAACACCUGUGCAUCUAUAGCGCCUGCUAUAGGUUAAUAUAGGUUUGCAUUACAAUACUUGCAACUCCAUAAGCAUUCGUAGCAGUGAAUAGCUGUUCAUAGCAGCCUAUAAUUACAGUGAAUAGCUGUUCAAAGCAGCCUAUAGUUACAGUGAAUAGCUGUUCAUAGCAGCAUAUAAUUACAUAAAUGACUAUAAAUGUACUACAGUGUAUAAUGCUUCACAAAUUAUUGCACAAAUCAAUGUGUUAUAAUGCAUCACGCAUAAGUGGUUCAUAAGCAAUGAUAACUCCUACAUGUUGUGUGUUUCUGUUAGUGUACACCAAUAUCAACUGUCAUAACCCCUUUAGGUCACGUUCAUUACAUUUACAUUUUAGUCAUUUAGCAGACGCUCUUAUCCAGAGCGACUUACAGUUAGUGAGUGCAUACAUUUUUCAUACAUUAGACACUAAACUGAGAGAAAAACACAGCUGAUCCAAUAAUACACGCUCAUCUCCGGUCCUCGCGCUCAUUUUUGUUUUUCAUGGCAAAACGUUUUAAAACAUUCUCAAUUGCUUACCCGAAAUGCAGUGUUUCCCAACUCCGGUCCUCGAGUAACCACUGAACAGCACACGUUUUUGUUGUUGCCCAGAUAAAUUCACCUGAUUCAACUCAUUGAGGGCUUGAUGAUUAGUUGACAAGUUGAAUCAGGUGUUUUUGUCCAGGGCUACAACAAACACGUGUGCUGGAAUUGAGGACUGGAGUUGGGAAACGCUGCCCUAAAGAAACCAUGUGGUCUGACCAAUGUCAACUGUAAUAACUGCUUUGGUUCAUGUAUUAGGCGCCAAAUGGAGAGAAAAAAAAAACAUUAAACACAUAAGAAACGCUCAUUUCUAUUUUCUGUUCCAAAAAUGGUUUAAACGUUUUUCAGUUGCGUGCCUUAAUGAACACAACCCUGUUGGUUCUCCUCCUCUCUGUGUACCAGACACACGUGUGGGGAACUGUUUCCUGGAGCAUGGACCCAGGGGCGACGGGCUGUCCUGCAGCGUGGAGGUGGGGGUGGGAGUCAGUCGCUCCUCCUGCUGCUGCUCCCUGGGACGUGCCUGGGGAGGCCCCUGUGAACUCUGCUCUGCUCCCAACUCCUGUAAGACACACUCUGUUUUGGACUAUUUUGAUUGUUUAUUCAGCUUCCUGUAUCACCGCAUGUGUAGAGGCUCAAUGUAGAAGAGGAAGGUGAAAUGCACAUCCUAAACUUGAGAAUACCGGUGCCGGGCUAAAAAAUAAUGUACAUUCCUUUAUGUACAGGCUCACGCUCUUAUCGCGAUACAUACUAACAACAGUGUUACGGGACAGAGCCCUUAGGUGUGCCUUAGUUGGCCUGAGUAGGUUAACAAAGUAUGACUUUAGAUUUAGAUUUACAAUAUUAUAUUUUAUGCUUGAACACACCAGGUUAGUGUGAUUUAGCUACACCUCCUCACUAGGGUUUCUGAAUUCAUUCAGUUCUACACCUCCUCACUAGGGUUUCUGAAUUCAUUCAGUUCUACACCUCCUCGCUAGGGUUUCUGAAUUCAUUCAGUUCUACACCUCCUCGCUAGGGUUUCUGAAUUCAUUCAGUUCUACACCUCCUCGCUAGGGUUUCUGAAUUAAGUCAGUUCUACACCUCCUCGCUAGGGUUUCUGAAUUCAUUCAGUUCUACACCUCCUCGCUAGGGUUUCUGAAUUCAUUCAGUUCUAACACCUCCUCGCUAGGGUUUCUGAAUUCAUUCAGUUCUACACCUCCUCGCUAGGGUUUCUGAAUUCAUUCAGUUCUACACCUCCUCGCUAGGGUUUCUGAAUUCAUUCAGUUCUACACCUCCUCGCUAGGGUUUCUGAAUUCAUUCAGUUCUACACCUCCUCGCUAGGGUUUCUGAAUUCAUUCAGUUCUACACCUCCUCACUAGGGUUUCUGAAUUCAUUCAGUUCUACACCUCCUCACUAGGGUUUCUGAAUUCAUUCAGUUCUACACCUCCUCGCUAGCGUUUCUGAAUUCCUUCAGUUCUACACCUCCUCGCUAGGGUUUCUGAAUUCAUUCAGUUCUACACCUCCUCGCUAGGGUUUCUGAAUUCAUUCAGUUCUACACCUCCUCACGAGGGUUUCUGAAUUCAGUCAGUUCUACACUCCUCACUAGGGUUUCUGAAUUCAGUCAGUUCUACACUCCUCACUAGGGUUUCUGAAUUCAGUCAGUUCUACACUCCUCACUAGGGUUUCUGAAUUCAGUCAGUUCUACACCUCCUCACUAGGGUUUCUGAAUUCAGUCAGUUCUACACUCCUCACUAGGGUUUCUGAAUUCAGUCAGUUCUACACCUCCUCGCUAGGGUUUCUGAAUUCAGUCAGUUCUACACUCCUCACUAGGGUUUCUGAAUUCAGUCAGUUCUACACUCCUCGCUAGGGUUUCUGAAUUCAGUCAGUUCUACACUCCUCGCUAGGGUUUCUGAAUUCAGUCAGUUCUACACCUCCUCGCUAGGGUUUCUGAAUUCAGUCAGUUCUACACUCCUCGCUAGGGUUUCUGAAUUCAGUCAGUUCUACACCUCCUCACUAGGGUUUCUGAAUUCAUUCAGUUCUACACCUCCUCACGAGGGUUUCUGAAUUCAGUCAGUUCUACACCUCCUCACUAGGGUUUCUGAAUUCAGUCAGUUCUACACCUCCUCACUAGGGUUUCUGAAUUCAGUCAGUUCUACACUCCUCACUAGGGUUUCUGAAUUCAGUCAGUUCUACACUCCUCACUAGGGUUUCUGAAUUCAGUCAGUUCUACACUCCUCGCUAGGGUUUCUGAAUCAGUCAGUUCUACACUCCUCACUAGGGUUUCUGAAUUCAUUCAGUUCUACACUCCUCACUAGGGUUUCUGAAUUCAGUCAGUUCUACACUCCUCACUAGGGUUUCUGAAUUCAGUCAGUUCUACACUCCUCACUAGGGUUUCUGAAUUCAGUCAGUUCUACACUCCUCACUAGGGUUUCUGAAUUCAUUCAGUUCUACACUCCUCACUAGGGUUUCUGAAUUCAGUCAGUUCUACACUCCUCACGAGGGUUUCUGAAUUCAGUCAGUUCUACACUCCUCACUAGGGUUUCUGAAUUCAGUCAGUUCUACACCUCCUCACUAGGGUUUCUGAAUUCAUUCAGUUCUACACCUCCUCACGAGGGUUUCUGAAUUCAGUCAGUUCUACACCUCCUCACUAGGGUUUCUGAAUUCAGUCAGUUCUACACCUCCUCACUAGGGUUUCUGAAUUCAGUCAGUUCUAUGAUUAGGUUGAGGCACGUUUGUAACACUGUGAACAAACUACUUUUUCUAUGAUUGGUCCUGUUACAUUCAAACCAUUUGGCUGUGUUUAUACAGGCAGCCCAAUUCUGAUCUGUUGCCAAUAAUUGGUCUUUUGACCAAUCAGAUCAGAUCUUUUGCCAAUAAUUGGGCAAAAGAUCGGAAUUGGGCUGCCUGUGUCAACGGAGCCUUUGUUACUCGACAAAAUUGAAAAGUAUACUUGAAGUGUAUUACCCAUAUGAGUGUACUGAAAUAAAGUGUGUUUUUCAGCGGACUAUAAUACACUCUGCCCAGGAGGAGAGGGUUUCAGGCCCAACCCAGUCACCAUCAUACUAGAAGGUAACCAUCCGCUUACUAAAGUAGAUCUCUGGUAAACUACUUUAACUAUGCCUUGUAUACUGUACUGCAUAGAUGCAGUAGAACAAUUAAUAAUACAUGCUCUUUUAAUAUACAUCUAAAUGGAAGCAUUUGUAAUUUUUUAUACAGUUUCGAUUGUUAUAGCUUAUUUUGAUGUAGAGAAAACCAAAACCUUUGAUUCAAAUGCCAUUGAUAAGAGUCUGUAACUUAACCUUUGUUGAAACCAUCUGUAAGGCUCAAAUCUUAACUUACGUGUAUAACAGACUGGCCUUUUUUGCACAGAUCUUCCAUUGACACUGACACAUGACUUGCGCAAAAGUCAAGCUAGGAUUUUUGGGAUGUUUCUGGAAUCUUGGAAUGUUUGAGAUGUUUGGGAUCAUUGGGAUGUUUCUGGAAUCUUGGGUUGUUUGGGGGUCAUUGGGAUUUUUCUGGAAUCUAGGGAUGUUUUGGACAAUUGGGAUCAUUGGGAUGUUUCUGGAAUCUUGGGACGUUUUGGGAUCAUUUGGGAUCGUUGGGAUGUUUGAGAUCAUUCUGGAAUCUUGUUGUGCGUCUUCUCCUCCAGACAUAGACGAGUGUCUGGAGCUGCCAGGCCUGUGUCAGGGAGGAAACUGUGUCAACACGUUUGGCAGCUUCUCGUGUGACUGUCCUCCUGGCUACUACCUCAACAUAGACAGUCGCAUCUGUGAAGGUGAGACACCAUGCCAACAUCCCAUUCAAUCAUCUCUGAAGGUGAGACACCAUGCCAUUUAACAUCCCAUUCAAUCAUCUGUGAGGGUGAGACAUCAUGCCAUUUAACAUCCCAUUCAAUCAUCUGUAAAGGUUGAGACACCAUGCCAUUUAACAUCCCAUUCAAUCAUCUGUAAAGGUUGAGACACCAUGCCAUUUAACAUCCCAGUCAAUCAUCUGUGAGGGUGAGACACCAUGCCAUUUAACAUCCCAUUCAAUCAUCUGUAAAGGUUGAGACACCAUGCCAUUUAACAUCCCAGUCAAUCAUCUGUGAGGGUGAGACACCAUGCCAUUUAACAUCCCAGUCAAUCAUCUAUGAGGGUGAGACACCAUGCCAUUUAACAUCCCAUUCAAUCAUCUGUAAAGGUUGAGACACCAUGCCAUUUAACAUCCCAUUCAAUCAUCUGUAAAGGUUGAGACACCAUGCCAUUUAACAUCCCAUUCAAUCAUCUGUGAGGGUGAGACACCAUGCCAUUUAACAUCCCAUUCAAUCAUCUGUGAGGGUGAGACACCAUGCCAUAACAGUGAUAAUUCAUCCUGACUGCUAAUUUUCGUAUAGCUUAUAUUAUUUUAUUUGUAUUGUAUAUUCUUUACAUACCUUAAAUCACUGAACACAACAGGCACUUAUUAGACAGGCUUUUAUUUGAGUCAGGCUUCUAUUUCCUUAAUGCACACAGCUUUUUAUUUGUAUUAAAUUUUUUUAUUUUACCUUUAUUUAACUAGGCAAGUCAGUUAAGAACACAUUCUUAUUUACAAUGACGGCCUACACCAGCCAAACCCGGACGACGCUGGGACAAUUGUGCGCCGCCCUAUGGGCUUUUGCUAAUUUGCAUAGUUAAUUGUUUAAUUCCAGCAUUCAUUUCCAGCAUUUUAAUCAAUUUCUUCAUUUCCUGUACUGUGUUAUCAUGUACACACUGCGUCACGUUUCUUUUGUCUUAAAAACUUUUCCUUGACAGAAUAAUUGUUCUCCUCUUUGACUGUGCAUUUUCGGCAGUUCUUACUUUCGCCACUAGAGAGUGAUUGGCCGAUUUUUACUGGUCUGUACUCCCUAAAUUGUUGACUGUUUUUGUGCUUGCCAGUUAGCUAGCAGUUCUCAGCUGUUAGCAGCCAAUGGCUAGCAGUUU